CAGGAAGUGUUGUGUAGGAAUGAAGCAGGACAGCUUAGGAGUGACUUGAAAAAAACUUUCUAGGGAGAGAGAAUCAGCCUACAAGAAGAAAAGAAAAAAAGUGAUUUAAUUCUGGCAGAGAGAAGGCUGGCAAACAUGGCACUCAGGGUGCACUGACAGGAUGGGUCUACAGCCAUGGAUCUGGGGUCUUUGUGCCCUGUUUAUUCAGGGGGCUCUCUGCACAGAAGGUAGGUGGGUGUGCUAUAGGAAGAUACAAUGUGUCUUGUUGAAGGUUAUAGAAUUCAUUGCGUAAUUGACGCACACUGGCUAAGUUGUGGAUCAGAUCACUGAGGGGUGCUACUAAAUGCAUGGCUUAUGCAGACUUUAUUUUUGGGUUUGUGACAGUAAACACCGGAGUUGUUGGGUUUUUUUUUUUUGCGGGGGGGGAGUGCACUGUUUUCAUAAUGAAAGAGCAUGCACAGACAUUAGAAAAUUGAGAGGAUUAAGGUUUGCCCUCCCUCAUGUCAAAACAUUAACCUGACAGUGUGGACAAUAUAGCAAUAGAAUGUGUUUAUUUAUACCCGGGAUAAGAUAGCCUGUGAACAAGCAUGAGGUUAGAAGUUUGUGGUCUGUUUGUGUAUUAUGAGGAGGUUAGAGUUGUAUGUUCUUAUGUUUUAUAAUAGGAGGAGGUGAUAUAUAUGUGUUAUAAUGUCUUUGUAUAAGUAGGUGAUAGGUGUGUAUUCUGACUGUAUAUUAGGAGGUUUUCUAAUGCAUAUGUAUUAGCAGAAGUUGAGAGGUAUGUGUCCUACUAUCUGUAUAUUAGAAGAUGAGAGGUAUGGGCCCUGAUGUCUGUGUAUAAGGAGAUGGUGAGAGGUAAGUGCCCUGCUAUCUGUAUAUUACAAGAUGAGAGGUUUGUGUCCUGCUAUCUGUGUAUUAGCAGAAGUUGAGAGGUAUGUGUCCUGCUAUCUGUGUUUUAUCAGAAAUUGAGAGGUAUGGGCCCUGAUGUCUGUGUAUUAGGAGAUGGUGAGCGGUAUGUGUCCUGCUAUCUGUGUAUUAGAAGAUGAGAGGCAUGUGUCCUGCUAUCUGUGUAUUAGCAGAAGUUGAGAGGUAUGUGCCCUGCUAUCUGUGUAUUAGGAGAUGAGAGGUAUGUGUCCUGCUAUCUGUGCAUUAGGAGGAGGUGAGAGGUAUGUGUCCUGCUAUCUGUGUAUUAUGAGGAGGUGAGAGGUGUGUGUCCUGAUGUCUCUGUAUUAGAAGAAGAUGAGAGGUAUGUGUCCUGCUAUCUGUGUAUUAGGAGGAGGUGAAAGGUAUGAUGCCUGUUUAUUAGGGGGAGGUAUGUCUUUUGGUUUACCUGCGAACACUUACAUUUAACAGAGAUGGUAAACAUAAAAAUGAAAUCUGGAAAAUCUUACCAACAUCAAAAGGGUGAAAACACAAUACAUAAUGUUUUUGUCUACAGCCAAUUCAAAAAGGCACAACAUGCAAACAGUAGAAGUGUAAAAUAAUGACCCUGUUUAGAAUGUAAGUGAUAGGUAAGUGUUGGGAGUAAAUCUCAGCAUACAGGUUUAGUGGCAAUGCUAGGUGUAAGGAUAAAAGUUUGAACAAGCAGUUCAAGGAAGACUAGCUCCCACAGCUCCUUAUCUGCAAAUAGUGUCUAAAUGGGUUAAUCUCGCAGGCGCAUACCUUAGGAUUUAUUAAAAAUGUACACAACAGCAUUACAAGUGCAUGUCUGCUUAUAUGUGUGGAUAUAUAUAUAUAUAUAUCAUCUUUGAUUGUAUUAUCUGUGUAUGCACAACAUAGUCACAAAGUUUUACUACUAUACUUUUAUUAUUAUUAUUACGUCUAUAUUUAUUUGCGGCAAAAUUAGUUAAAUUGGAGAAUUUUUUUUGAAUCCUAAAAUUUGCAAUUGUCUUGUUAAUUCUCUACAAUCCCCAGUGAAUUUGUGAGUAGAUCCAUCAUUGUAUUGAUGUAUGCUGUCAUACUAAAAAUCUGUGGGUCAACACCCUUGUCACCGUUUAUACUUAUGGUCCUUCAUUUGCCUGUCAUCUUUUUUUUGUCACUGUACAGCGCUACAAAAUAGGUUGGUGCCCUAUGUAGCAAUAAUAUUAAUAGUGGUAAAAAUGGAAGAGUUCAUUAUGUCAGACUCAACAUCCUGAUACAAAAUGAAACUGUUAAUAUCUGUUUACCUUUACACCAGGGAACAGAGUAUUGCAGACCAUGUUCGGAAGAAAACCCUGUAUUCUUAAUGCUAUAGUGUUUGCAUUUAGUUUAAUGUCCCACCAAAUCUAAAUAAAAGGGCCGAGAUCCAGUCGCUGUAGCCACUUGAUCUGUCUCCCACAACGUCACAUUGAUUUUUCUCUCUUGUCCAAUCCAAUACUUUUCAUAGAGAAGCAUCGGGGGACUAAAAGCGCAUGUGCGGCCACUACUGAACUCCUCCAAUGAAAUGGAGGUUAACUGUGAAAACAGAGUUUGACUCCAUUCUCACAGUUGAUCCACCUCUAAUGGCUCUCAGGAAGACAACCACUAUAGGUGUUUUCAGCCUUGCUAUGUAAGCAUUGCGGAAUCUACUAAAUGGCAAUGGUUUACAUUGCAUGGUUAAAACUAAAGGCCCACUGCACCCAGACCUCUUUAUUGAGAUGAAGUGGUCUGGGUGCCUUUAGUGUUCCUUUACUGUCAGUGUAGGCCCCACGUUAUCCUUAUUGUGAAGAACAUCAAAGGGCUGUCUGCAUUAUUGAUUUGAGAAUUUUGCAAAACUUAGGCCAAAGUAGCCGAUAUGGAAAAAAUCUCCAACUGUGAUAAAUUUUAGAUCUUAUCCCACCAACUUUUUUUUGGAUUAUGUUUUUGAAUUGUGUUCUCAAGUGACCACAACUUCAAAAAGUACAAAACAUAUGACCUGUCCAUACGCACCAGAGACACAGUACGAAGCUGCACACAUCAUUAUGAAUGGUAUCAGUAUCACAAUGCAGAGCAGCAUGCAUUUUUAUCAGUGUAAAGACCCCGAACAUCAAUAUAUAGCAGCGUGCAUUAUUAUGACUGUAUAGACCCCAGUAUCUAUAUAGAGAGCAACAUGCGUUAUUAUUAGUUUAUAAUUUCCUGUAGCACAAUAUAGUGCAGCAUACAUCAUUAUGUGUAUAGAACAGCAUGCAUCAUUAUUGCCAGUGCAGACAGCCAGCAACAUAAUAAAGAGCAACAUGUAUCAUUUUGUAUCAGUGUAUAGACAACUUUAAAAAUUGAGCAUCAUUAUUUUUAAUGUAUAGACACAUUGUAUAAAUUAUUUCCAUACAGAGCAUCAUCCAUCAUCGUCAUAAACAUGAAUAGCACAGAAAAAAUUUGCACAGCCUCUAAACAUAUUCACUCACAAACUUUUAUUCACUAUGGUGGGAAUUGCUGGGAAUUCAAAGUGAAAUAAAAUUUUAGGUCCUUAGCGGAGAGAUGCAUUUUUAUAUAUAUAUAUAUAAUGGUGAUGAAUACUAGAAUCAAAACUAGGGACUGAUUUACAAAAUGCGGGGCACUUGGCAGCUAUUAAAGUGCAUAGAUCAAGAUAUGUCCCCAAGAUAUUUCUAGGUUAACCAGGAUGCUGAUGUCAAAUUGGUGGUAUGUCGUACAAUGUACAGGUGGACAGAGGUCUCUUUGUCCUGCAAAUAUUAUUGUCCGUGUGGAUGUGACCUCCCAAUAUCACCAUGCUAUGACCUCUGACCUACAAGGUGAGAUAAGUGCCCUAUAGUCCUAUAUUAUGAGCAGUGCCACAAGCAUUGCAGAAAGGUAUUAUCUGUGUGCGAAACACAGCAUCAAAUAACAUUAACGUGGAAAAUAGUUUGAAAGGCACUCUGAGAAACAGUAAGGUAGUAAGAUCAGAGCCCUAGGGAUACGGUGUAAAUACUGGUAUUGCAGGUUAAAUCGAGGUCACUUAUCUUGCCUACAGUAGGUGCAAUACUUGUGUCCUGGUUAUUUACCAGAGUGAAAAUUCAGAAUUAAUUUAAAAGGGUAGAGUAGCCAAACGAAAGCAUAUAUUAUUUUUUCUAUUUUGACCUUCAAUUUUAAAUUCUACGUAUGUUUCAAUGGCACCUGUGUUAUAGGAAGAGGCGAGAGUCAUAUUUACCCUGAUACACGUGUAUUAGACGUAGAUGGACGAUAAGUGGUCUGUUAUGUAUAUUGGACUGAUGUGAAAGAUAUGUCCUGUCUGUGUAUUAGGAUGUGAAUGGUAUGUGCCUGAUACUUUUGUGUUAGGACAGGGCUCAACAAAUCUGGGAUUUGUCAGCCUUUUACCUAAAGUGGCCAGCUGGGCAAACAAUGGAGCCGGCCAGCUGCCCGGUCGCUCAGGGAGUGUUGUAGCCGGCCGCCCUGGGAGGUAUGGAGGCGGCCGGCUCAGGAAGCUGUGUAGCCGGACGUCCCCGGGAUCAUGGUGGCGGCCAGCGCAGGGAGCUUUGUAGCGGGCCGGCCGCCCGCAGAAGGUAUGGAGGCGGCAGGCUGAGGCAGCGCGCGAGGGAGCCAUCUUCGUCCAGCUCCCCUCUGCUCCCUCACGCUGUGUAAUGACGCCGGGAGACGGAAUAUGAUGUCAUUCCGGCCCCGGCAUCACUGCAGUCAGUGCGAGGCAGCAGAGAAGAGCUGCAGGAAGACUGCUCCCUUGCGCACAGGAAUAUCAGCCCCACUGGACCCCAUGGAAAGUCCACUCAGCUCUUCCAAAGGUAGGGAGGUUGGAUGGAUUAGAAUUAAAAUAUAAAUGUGUGAGUGUUAGAGAAAGUGUGUGUCUGUGUGUGUAUAUGUCUGUGUGUGUCUGUCAAUGAGUGUGUGUGUGUCUGUCAAUGAGUAUGUGUAAGUCUGUAUGUCUGUCAGUGUGUGUGUAUGUCUAUCAGUCAGUGUGCGUGUGUAUGUCUGUCAGAGAGUGUGUCUGUUUAGGUACCUGCCCCCCUCCGAUCACAUGAUUGGUGUUUUUACUUACCUUUUUCCCCCACGCCGUGCUGGUUUCGCUGUUGCUUGUCCCGCCUCCAUAGCUCAGAUCUUAAUGAUCUCAGCUAAGCCAAUACUUUCCCAUAGGAAAGCAUUGGGAGGAUAUUACGCUUGUUCUCUAUGGGUAACAAUCAGCGCCUCCAUGUAGAGCACUGACACAGGACUCUAGUGGCCGUCUGAGUGACUGUCAUUAGAGGUCUUAGUAGGCAGCAAUGUAAGCACUGCGUUUUCUCUGAAAAGGCAGCGUUUACAUUGAAAAGGCUACAGAGACAGGCUAUAGGAACCAGAACAACUACAUUAAUCUGUAGUGGUUCUGGUGACUAUAGUGUACCUUAAAAAAACUUUUUUAGCUGGCUGCUAGAUUCCAAACAAAUUUGUCAAGCCCUGUGUUAGGAGGUAAGAGGUAUGUGCUCUGAUACCCAUGUAUAAGCAGGCGAUAGGUACUACUGUCAAUAAUUAUAAUUUUGUCUGUCACAUUCUUUUCACAAUGAAUUUGUAAUCGUUUUAUUGGUUUUAGUAAAAAGGGAGAGGCAAGUUUAUUUAUUACUAAAGCCUGAACUAAUCAAACUAGAAAUGUAUAUUUAUAAUUUAAUUUCAGCUAUUUUGCCCUUAAGUUUGAAAACACUUUGAAAUGGACAAUUUGCCAUCUUUUAAUGCACUAUAUGUUCAAUUUAGUAUUAGAUCAUUCUGCAGGAAAAUGGCAAAACAUACUGUUUUGUUUGGUUUGAUUUAAUACCAUUCAAUGCCAACAAUACGUAACAAAACGAAAAUACAUUUUUGUGGCAAUGUAGAUAUUUUAUGUCUGUGAAUUAGUAGAAUGCAUGGGGUAUGUAUCCAUAUUUGUCUUAAAGGAAAACUUUAAUAGUAAAAUUCAUUAUUAUUUGUUGAGAUGUUGUUAAUUUGGUUCUUAGAGUUUAAUUCAGAGCUUAGCUCAGGAGAGCUAACGAAAGCUCAGAGCAGGAGAUUACAGGUCUAAGGACCGAAAAGAAAGGGGCAAGAAGCUGCGCCCAGCGAACUCUAGGUAAGUAGUCAAACUAUUAGCAAAUGGUUGACUACUUAUAUUGGGAGGCCACUAGGACUUUACUUGUACCAUAAAUACUACAUUGUGCUGUAGUGGUGAUGGUGCUCGGAGAGUUCUUUUAACUCUUCAAGUUUUUUAACUCCGAUUUUAUGUAUCUACAUGUUUAAAUGUGAAAAUAUGGCAAAAUGUUGGCUAGCUGAGACUAUAGCAUGGUAGAUGGUUUUGCGCACAUUUUGCAAUUCUAUUUCCAAUUCUUUCCAAUUCAAACCUCAUUGAAUAAGCUGCACUAUGGUUUGGUGUCUAUAUUUUUAUGUAAAAAGAAAGAUUCUUUGUUUUGCUGGAUAGAAAAUUACUGAAAAUGUUCUGUUUUACUUUGCAAAGGCAAAUUGUAUCCAUUUGUAAUUCUCGAGUGGCAAAAUUGCAUUUUUUAUGUUUGUCAGAAAAAUUGUUACAACAGAGAAAUGUGAACAAUUAGUCAUGGAUUCCUGAAAUUGUAAGCUUUUAAACAAGUUACUUGUCACUGGCAACCUCAUGCCUUCAAAUGAAAACCACUUUGGGUACCAAAAACGCAAGAAUGCAUCGGUUUUAUUUGGUACACUGUCAAGCAGAUGUUAUUUGCAUAAAAUGCAAAAAACUAAUAUAGCGUCAUAGCUCCACCUCUUGUAUCUCGUCCAAAAGGACGCACUGAGACACCUAGCACUAAAUGUAUAGUUGUACAGGGCUGUCUCAUUCUAGGAUGUGAGAGGCACACAUUCAGAAUAGAGUAUCGUUUGACUUCACGUUAUGGGUAAGAAUUUUUUUUUAGAAUGAACUGUUUGUAACUCUUUUAAAGGAACACUUCAAUUUAAAAAUAAUAAAUGUGUGUAUAUAUAUAUAUAUAUAUAUAUAUAUUUUAUACGAUAUAUUUUUAAAAUAAUAUAUAUAUAUAUUUUUUUAAUAGGAGUGUUUCUUAAACUGUUUAGAGCACUGCCCAUUUUGGCACUUAAAGGGUUAAGAAUCCAUUAAGCUCACCUUUUUUUUGCAUGGCUGUGAAAGCCUACUCAUUGCAGCUCUAAUCCAUCUCUUGUGAAAUCAGUUUUACCGAUGAUGCAUUCGAUCAGAUGCUUCUCAUAGAAAAGUAUUAGGAGACGUGGUGCAUGCGCAACAUUCGCUUCCGGCCACCAACAAUUGAAUUGAAACCAAUGCUUCUCAAUGAGCUACAGUUUAAAGCAAGUGAGGAAGGAAACUCUCCCUGCCGUCUUCUUGUCUUCUCGACAGCGGGAGGUGUUACUAAGGAGAUUUCUAAAAGUUUCUAUUUCUUUAGAAAUAAGCCAGAAAGGACAUGUAGUUACCCUUUAAUGUAGUUCAGUAAGCUAAAGUGUUUCAGGGGAUUAAGGAGUCCUUUUAAAAACAGAUGCUAAAAUGGAUCAGACGUAAUCAAACUUAAAAAUGUUGUUAUAGAACAUUGCUGUGACACUGUCAGUUUAAAUGAUCCUGCAUUGUACAAUUACAUUUCCACUUUAUUAAACCCCUGCUGUACAUGCACAUGCAUGUUGUUGUAAAGUGUGUAGCAUAUUGUUGCUUGGCACAGAAUAUAAGCCCGUGCAAAUGGUCCAGCUAAGGUCAGAGUAUGCGCGGGUGGUAAUGGGCAUUGCGCCACAUUUGUAAGGACAGGAUUUUGCGGAGGAGAACUUUUAGGAGUAUUUGAAUUGUGAUACUGGAAGAUGUGAUAAUACUGAGAGACGGGAAGAAGAGAUCCGGAGUGGGGAAAAUAAGCUGUUAAAAUGAGAACUAAAAAGGAACUGUGGUUUAGCUCACGAUCGUAUUUACCUUCACAACCAGCAUAGCAUUAGAUUGUAAACUAUAUCGAUCAAUAUCCUAUUAAUCUAAAACAUCUUGCGCCUUACUCCUUUCCUCCUCAUGUAUUAUAGAUUGAGCAAAAAGCACAGAACAGUGUAUACUGACAGCAUGUUAAGGCUCAUGAUACCUCCCAACAUUGUGAGAUAUGCCAACGGGAGAGGGCAUAGCAGUAGGGCGAUGUUCUCAUGCCAUCUUUGUGAUUUGAACUCUGUAUAGUUGUUUAAUAUCUAUGUACGUCCCCGUGGUACACACACACAUUGAAGGAGAUUAAAUAACCCAUGAUUACGUGAAAGCGUGCAAUAAUAGCAUAAUAUAAUGACAUCAUAACUCAUGGCCAAUUUUUAUCCAGAAUUCACAGACUCCUUGCUGGAAUGACAGUCUUUAACAGUCUAUCUAUGUCAUGAAAAUUCUUUUCUCCUGCAAAUAUAACCGAAUAUAUAUUUUUGAUACAUGUGUGGAACAAGCAACUGUUUGCGAAUGUAUAUAUUCUGAUCUAUGAUCAUUUUGCAGCAAUAUUGAUUUUCGACUAUACCGGCUACUUUACUAAGUGUGAGUGUUGGGGUCUUCCAAUGAUCCACCUGCUGUUUUCUCUGUAAAGGUGUUACUGAUACGGACAUGGGAUUCUGUAACAAUCAAUCGGAGUUACAGGGUAUUGCCUAUAGAGUGAUUAGUCAACAAGCCAAAGUAAAUUUCACAUCUUAGGCCCAAAGUAGUCGAAUCAGAAAAACCAACAUUGCUCGGUUAUUUUGACUGAGAAUUUGAAAAGUGUUUUUGAAUUUCCUAAUAAUUCACAUUAAAGGAUUAAUUUAUCAUCGUACAGGCUAUUUCCUGUAGGCACAAUGGGUUUCCCUCCACUGUUUAGCAGGCAGAAAGUGUGUGGUUUGUUAGUAAUCAUAUGUCUGAGAAAACCAAUGGUUCUGUUUUCUGAAACAGGGUGAUCACAGGUCCCCUGUAACCAGCAGGACAAUGGAGAGCAGAUAUUGUAAUUGUAAUGCUAUGCUGCAUGAUGCAUUUGUUGUUUAUGUGGAUCCAAUUAAAGGGAAAAUCUGUUCACCCUAAAUAACCGAAAAAUGAGACGCUUUCGUCUGUCAACACAAUAAUGUCUUAUCAGUCCAUGCUGGGAUUAAUUAUUAAUCACUUUGCUAUCCUGGGAUCACACACACCUAAAACUAGGCACAAAGAAUGCAGGGUUUAAAUAAUUCAAUUGGGAAGCCAGAAAUGUACUUAUAAAACUUGCAGGCUAUUUACUAAAGUGAGAUUUCAAAGUGGAUUUCAAAAUUAUCAUCAGAGCAGCUAAAAGGGAAACCAUUGCUGACUGUUAAAAUUUCUGGUUCGGCCAUUGUGAACUUAAAUGGUCACCAGAACAACUACAGCUUGUUGUAUUUGUUUUGGUGAGUAUAACAGUCUCUUCAACCUUUUUACAGUAAACACGGUCUUUUCAGAGAAAAUGCAGUGUUUACAUUACACCCUAGGGAUACCUCCAGUGGCCACUCCUCAGACGGCUGUUAGAGGUGCUUCCUGGGACAGUGCUGCACAGUGUGACUGACAUUCAGUGUCUCCACCCUCUGCGUAGAGACAACGAACUUUCCUCAUAGAGAUGCAUUGAUUCUAUAGAUGGUGGUUUUAACACUAUACAUGUUUGUUUUCCUGACCCUAUACUUCUCAUUUUCACUUUAGUGAAUAACCCUUUUAGCAUCACAACAUAAGCACAAGCACUACGGAAUCUGUUGACACUAUAUAAGUGACGAUAAUAAUAUAUAUAUAUAUAUAUAUAUAUAUAUAUAUAUAUAUUCACAGGGUGCCACUCCAUGCUUUCUCUCAAUCUCUAGACUCAGUCUCAUAUUACAGCCAUGCUGUGUUAAUAAAGUACAUUUUCAAAAUAUCUCCUUGGUUUUGAGUUGAUAGUUAGGAAUCCGUUGUUGGGGUACAGUGGCAAAAGAGAAAUGAGUUGGCUAGUUGUGUGACAUUGAGAUGGAGUUUAUUGUAUUUUUGAAAGCAUGCCUAAAAGUGUGUCUGUCAAUUAUUGACUAUUUGAGUGACAGAUAUGAACACCCCUAGUAUGGAAAACAUCAGCAUUUUACCUGACUGCUAUACUUAAAAUCCUAACUUUUUAAACUAUAGAGAAUUGUAUCAAACCUGAAUAAAGAGAGAGACAUUAAAGAGACACCAGUUAUCUGCAAAUUCAGAGUUCUUUUUUUCCAGUCACAGAAUGCAAAAUUGCAUGAAUUGAAAGGACUACGGGUCAACAGCAGCAAUUGUGAUGAUUUUUUAGGGAUGCUUAUAAAAUUUACAUCCUGCAGGGCUGCAAUUCAUAAAUUGCAUCCAUGAGACACCACACUUACCAUGAGGAUGCCUUGAUAAAAACAGCAUAGCAGGACUGCAUUAUAAAUCAGUGCUAAGCAUUACAGCAUGCUAGCCAUAUAGAAACUGGCUGGAUGGAAUUUGUACCCAGCUUACAAUUCUGCGGAACAGACAUUGAGCCAUUGAUUAGUGUGUUAAACUUUGAGCGCUAUGUGAUGAUAAGGUGAGGUAGAGGCAGACUCGAGGACAUAUCAUGGCAUGGUGCCAUAUUUUGAAGAAUAGAACGUGUCUCAUAUAUAGUACAAACCACAUACAAUCUCAGCUGCGGAGUGUGUCCUGACUGCAUGGUGUGUGGUUGUCUUAGUGGAUAGCAGCUGGGGAAUAGAUUAUAUUUUAUCAGCAUGUUCUCAAUUCUCCACUGUAUAGAAUGUGCUCUUAAUGAUUAGACUCCAUAGAUCCCUAUCAUAUACCCAAUAUAUUCAACCUGCAGUGUGUACCCCAUUGGGUACUUAUAAAAUGGCUAAUAUGCACUUCAACACUUUUUCCAAGCCAGUUUAGUGGAUGGGGAGUCACUGGCUGAGAGCGUCAACUGAUUGGUGGCACGCAACGCUUCCUGAAUCUUAACAUUCAGAAGCCGGGGGGGAGUGGACAUCACCGCUGGAGGCAACUUUGGGGUUAAACCGUUGUCCCCUUUAGAUAAAAGUGCCUCCAGAGGCCUCUGGGCACCAGUACAACUUCAUUUAGAUAAGAUGUUUUGGUGCCUGGAGUGUCCCUUUAAUGUCACAUAUUUUGUGGUGAUUGAUACCAAGUAUUAGUACUAAGGGUACUUGUUAAAUAAUUGAUAAUCUAGUAUUUUGUUGGAAAAGCUGCUAAUUAAGGUACUCUGAACAAGCUGGAGAAACAUUAGCUUAUCUGAUUAAGGGGUCAUUUGUGAUUUUAGCCUUGUAAAGGACUUGAUCACAAUCUGUCAUGAUAAUUAUUUAUGUAGUAAUUGACCUGCAGAGAUCAGAAAAUUACACGUUUCCAAUGUCUUUCAACAAUACUUAUGGCAUUUUCUGUUCAGCAAAUGAAGGACCGAUAUCAACAAUUUAGCGGUUACAAUGACUCCAGAUAUAUAUAUAUUAUUUUUUUUAAUGAAGAAACAAAGGAAAAACGUAUCUGCAAUCCAAUGAUGCCAUGGCCAAGUUCUCCCUGCAGCCUAAUUUUUUUAUGACAUCACCCUUACUGCAGGUAGAGGCAAGUCCAGGGAGACAGGAUAACUUGGGACGGUACAGAGGGGAAGUCUGUGCUGUUAUUGGUUGUUUGUCAUGCAAUGCGUGCUGACAACAGAUGCCCAAUAUGCACAAAAUUAACAUUAACAUCAAAAUCAAGGAGGGCACUAUAAAAUAUCAACAAAAUAUCAUCAAAUAAAUAGAUAAACCAAAACCCAAAUAUGAAUCAAAGAAUUAAGAACAAAGCUGCUAAACCAGCAAAACCAUUCAUUAACUGUACUGCAUAAAAUAAAACACACAAACUGGCAGCACUAAAAAGAGGUAAACAGUGUCUUAAAGGAAACCAUCGUAAAAAGCAUAGUAAUUAUUAUUCCCCCGUAUAAAUAAAAUCUCCACUAAAACAUCCAAAUAAAACAUAACUAUAGAUACAUAGACAAGUUCUAAAUAUGUAGUUCAUCUGAGAAUAAGUAUAAAGUUUAACUCUUAAUAAUACAACAAUGUGACUCCUCGAAAGGUCCUAUCGGAUAACCACAAUGCACCAAAAUGCCAAAUAACUAAAACAAAUAUAUUCAGAGGUGCAUAGUGUGAAACUGAUGAUUUGUUUGAGAAUAAGGUGCAAUUAAAACCCUUACAGCAGCGGAGCCCCAAAGGUAGAUCCCCAUAUGUUUUAAAACUGCAACUUGAUGCUUUGUCAUUCUAGAAACAUUCUAAAAGCAUGCAAAGCAUCAUGGGAGUUGUAGUUCCACAACAUCUGGGGAUCUACCUUUUGGGCACCCCUGUCUUACAGCAUGAAAUAGUGAGACUUAUUUCUAAGACUCACAAAGAUAGGACAGUCACAGAGUCGGACUCUCUGUUACCACUCUCCCUGACAGCCACUAGACGCCGCUUCCACGAUUUACACUGAGUAAAUCACACUUAUUUGACGCUGGAAAGAUCCCCCAAAAAAGAUCCCCACAGGAAAGCAUUGAGUAGUGCUUUCCUAUAGGCAGGUUUGAAUGCGCACGCUUCUCUGGCCGAGCAUGUGUAUUCGGCUCCACUCGGGAGCUGACGUCGACGGGGGAGGAGAGGUCACCAGCGCUGAGGGAGCCCGGCGCUGGAUUAAGGUAAGUGGCUGAAGGAGUUUUAACCCCUUCAGCGCUGAGGGAGGAGGGCACUCCAAGAGCCUAUAGUGCCAGGAAAACAGGUUUGUAUUCCUGGCACUAUAGGAUUCCUUUAAAGAGGAACUAUCCCUUCUUUGGAUUUGACAUCAUUGAGUAAGACAUUGAAAUCACCUAUAACUUGUGUUAACCUUUUUUUGUUUUCAUUAAAAGCUCUAUUUUUAUUUUAAAUUGAUAGUAAAGGUUUAGCAAAAUACAUCAUAAUCCUUUUUAGAUGAGGCAAACGGAGGAGUAAAUUUGUACAUUUAGUUUUGGUUUUCAUUCCUCAAAUAAAGCAACUGUUUAAUGUGAGGAUAAGUGAACACAAUGCUAAAAAUCCUCGGUAGUCACAGGUCCCCUUUAAAAUGACUGUGUUACCGCGACACACAAAAAAAAGAAAAUUAAAGGAAUUGUCAUGGCUGCCAUGUAGGGAUUUGCUUCCUGUCCCAAGUGUGUUAAAUUCAUCAAUGCAAAAGGAGCUUAUGACAAUAUAAUCUUCAACUUUCCCACAAUGCUGCGCAUAUUUUCAUUGUAAGCUCACGGGCAGGGCCCUCUACCUGUUGUAUCGGUCUGUUCUUCUUGUAUUGUCUUUUUCCCAAUUGUACAGCGCUGCAGAAUAUGUUUGGCACUUUAUAAAUACCAGUAAUAAAUAAUACAUAAAAAUUGUUUCCCAGAAUGCCAACACAGGUAUUGGUUGAAGGGACAUUCUAGAUACCUAAAGUGCUUUAACUUCGAAGAGUGUGUCUGUUCAUUUUACAGAAAAUCCAGAUUUCAAAAGAAUCCGGCACUUUUAGAUGUGAACCUAGUUACUCCCUCCUGGCUGUCAAUUAGACAACCGAUCCUGUUACUUCCUGGUUGUUUACCUCAGUUGAACCAAACUUAAAGGACCACUAUAAUGCCAGGAAAACAUACUCGUUUUCCUGGCACUAUAGUGCCCUGAGGGUGCCUCCACCCUCAGGGUCCUCCUCCCGCUGGGCUCUAGGGGGAGGAAGGGGUUAAACUUACCUCUUUCUCCAGCGCCGGGUGGGGAACUCUCCUCCUCCUCUCCUCCUCCAUAGCGCAGGAGCCGCGCGCGCAUUCAGCCAGUCCAUAGGAAAACAUUCUCAAUGCUUUCCUAUCGACGCUGGCGUCUUCUCACUGUGAAAAUCAAUGAGACCGCCACUAGAGGCUGGAUUAACCCAUUUAUAAACAUAGCAGUUUCUCUGAAACUGCUAUGUUUAUAGAAGAAAUGGUUAAUCCUAGCUGGACCUGGCACCCAGACCACUUCAUUAAGCUGAAGUGGUCUGGGUGCCUAUAGUGGUCCUUUAAGGCAAUUACCUAGAGCGCCUGAAUGGCAAUUACUUCUCAUCGAGCUGCAUUACGAAGUCUGUGAUUGGACAGCCACAGAAAGAUUUUUAAAAAUGUUGGUAUUUUGUUUUAUUUUGGGCACAUGUGAUAAAGCUAAAAUCUGAAGGUGCUGUUAUCACUUCUCAGUUUUUAAAGGUAGAAUCUUCAUGAAAAUCCCAGAUUAUUUUAUUGCAAUUCCAAACAAAUCACAAGACUAAAUAUGGACCAAUUUGUCUUAUAAAUGUGUUUAUUUUUUGUAAAGACAUGGCGAAUAGAAGCGACUCAGUCACCUUAUUUGUGCCACAUCCUGGCAAUUCCCAACAUUGUUAAUUUUGGCGGCAAAUUUCAAUUUGGUUUUAUUCAUUGUCUUUUAAAUAAAAGGCCAUUUUAGUUUUAGUCGUAUUUUAGUCAACUGUAUUGUUUUAGUUGAAUAAAUCUCCAGCAGAGUUUAGUCAACACGACUAAAAUUGGUUUAGUUAAAGCCUCUAUUUGUCACUUUUGCCCAUUCCCUAUCCCCCUGUGUGUCUUUCUGUCCUUUCAGCCCUUCUAGGUGUCUCUCUCCCAAGCCCUGGUCUGUCUCUUUUUGCCCCUUAGACAGCCCCUCUGUGCAGUGUUAAUUUUGGCGGCAAAUUUUAAUUUAGUUUUAGUCAUAGUCUUUUGACUAAAAAGCCAUUUUAGUUUUAGUCGUAUUUUAGUCAUCUGAAUUGUUUUAGUUUACUAAAUCUAAAAUUUUAGUCAACUAAUAUUUGACUAAAAUAGUUAGUCGUCCAAAUUAACACUGCAUCUCAUUCCCCUUUGAUACUUGUGAGCAGAUCUGUCAGCUAACAUCAUGGCAAAAAUCCAAAGAACAUUCAAGUGGCAGUGUGGCAGUAUUGUUUUAAUCCAUAGAGGAAAACCCAUUUAUAGAUUGAUAAUAGAAUCAAUCCAUUUAUAAAAGCUCACAGCAUUUUUUAUAAUUGAUGCAUAUACAGGAAGACUUUGCUUUUAAAACAUAGGGGCUUAUUCGCUAAACUGUAGAAUUAUGUAUGGAAAACAGAAUUGCCAAUGUAUGUCCUUUUUCAUUUUUGCUAAAUUUACCAUAUGUUACAAAACAGAAUUUGCAAAAUGUAGUGGAAAAAUUGUGUUGAAAAAAUGUCCAUUUCUCACACCCCUAGAUUGUAAACUGAGACAACUUUGCAAAUACUGGUUUUCCGUGAUGAGUGUAAACAUAAAAACUUAUCUACUUCCUUCUCAGACAGAUGUAAUAAAAUUACUCAGAGUUCAAUUGAAUUAUAUAGCGAAAAUUAUGGCCUUGAUUUAAUAAUUUUGGACAGACAUAAAAUGAUGGAGUCUUUUUUUUUUGUUUCAAAAUAUUACAAUAUUAAAAAAUAUAUCAUAUAUAUAAAAAAUAUUUUCAUAAUAUUAAAUCAUUUAAAAAGCUUACCUAACAAUAUUAAAUCGGGGCCCAUUUUAGUACGGGACUAGGUCAUUCUUCAUUCCACUGUUUGCAAGCUGAACUGAUCACUCUUGGGAUUAGUGAAGCACAAUAUGUCGAUUUUAGUAAUCUGAGAAAGAGACAUUCUUAAGGGGACACUCUAGACACCAUUACCACCUCAUCUUUUAAGUAGUUAUUUAAGUAGUUAUGGUGACUAAAGUCCUCUGGCAGUGGCUCACAGUUAAUUGUUAAAUUAUUUAUGAACUUUUUGACAAUGAAGAAGGGUCACUAAGCAUUCCUCCCUUGCUUUAGCCUGAACAGAGAUACGUGGUAGUGAUUGGCUGGGAGUGUCAGCUAACCGCUCUCCGCCCAUUACAUCUGCGCAUUUCUGGUGUUAGUUAGUAUGGCUAAAGUGGGGUGUGAUGUCUUGCCUUAGAAAUACCUACAGCAGGGUGGGCUGUGUGUGAAAAUGGUUUAAAGGAACACUAACAACAUUUUAAAUAAUUACAUUUUAUUUAUAAGGUUGCAGUGUUGCUGAUCUUCCAGGACUGAAGCAAAGGAGCUGCAAGAACCCUCGGGCACCAUAACCACUUCAGUGAGGUGAAGUGUUUAGGGUGCCUAAGUGUCCCUUUAAAAUGGUGCAAAUGUGUCUGUAUUUAUAGCACUGAAUUUAUAGUUCUGGUAACCUGAUCACAAGUAAUUUUUCCGUCAUUAACAACGUUUGCAAACACGAAUGGCGUGUUCAUAUAUGAUCCUGACUAGAAUGGGGGUUAUAUAGCAAUUUAUGGAUCCAUGCUUUAUACACAUGCUGGAAGAGUCUCUUAUGCAAUUGUUUAGCUGUAGCAGUCUUCCCUCUUCCUGUUUUCCUUAGUUGGACUAGUCUCCUGGCAUAAGAUCAGGUUGGAGUUAUCCAUUAACCAGAAACAGAGUCCCUCAGCAACAAUAACACACAGUGCACAGAGGUGUGACAGGUCACUGAGUGGCAGGAGCAACAUAUUGCAAAGCAUCAGGCAAUCUGCUGCUAAAAUGCAGUGGAUUAACACGCCACACUGUCUGCACACAGUUGCACCCUAGUUGUAAAUAGAAUUAUAAUCAUUAAAUGUCAAAGCCUUUUCAAAUCUCGGUAGUCUGUCAUACUUAUGGUUUUAACAUUCCUAUAUUCACAGGUGUCUUCUUUAGCUGUAGAGAUCAUUGAAGUCCUUAUAUGUCUCUUUUUUACCUGUAUAUAUCAUUUUAGCCCUCAAAGUAAUUUUCUUCGCUUGUAUAGAUUGUUCUAGGCUUCACAGGAUUUUCACAGGAUUUUACGUCACCUGUACAGAUCGUUCUAGUCCUUAUAGGACUUUUCUACACCUGUACAAAUCAUUCUAGUCUUCACAGGACUUUUCUUCACCUGUAGAGAUCAUUCUAGCACUCAAAUGUCCUUGUUCAUCUGUGCAGGCCAUUAUUGUACUCACUGAACUUUACGUCACCUGUACAGAUAAUUGUAAUCCUCAGUGGUCUUUUCCUCACCUGUAUAAAUCAUCUUUGUCCUCACAGGUCAUUAUUUACCUGUACAAAUCAGUCUAGUCAAGAUAGGAUUAGUCUUCACAUGUACAGAAUAUGCUAGCCAUCACAUGUCUUUUCUUCACCUGUACAGAUCAUUCUAAUCAUCACAAGUCCUUAUUCACCUGUACAGAUUGUUCUAGUCCUCACAGGACUUUUCUUCACCUGUACAGAUCGUUCUAGUCCUCAGAGGACUUUUCUUCACCUGUACAGAUCAUUCUAGCCCUCAAAGGUCCUUGUUCACCUGUGCAGGCCAUUAUAGUCCUCACUGAACUUUACGUCACCUGUACAGAUAAUUGUAGUCCUCAGUGGUCUUUUCCUCACCUGUAUAAAUAAUUUUAGUCCCCACAGGUCGGUUUUCACCUGUACAUUUCAUUCUAGUCACCUGUACAGAAUAUGCUAGCCAUUACAGGUCUUUUUUUCACCUAUACAGAUCAUUCUAAUCAUCACAAGUCCUUAUUCACCUGUACAGAUCGUUCUAACCCUCAGAGGACUUUACUUCACCUGUACAUAUCAUUCUAAUCAUCACAAGUCCUUAUUCACCUGUACAGGCCAUUCUAGCCCGCACAGGUCCUUCUUCAUCCGUACAGAUCACUGCAGUGCUCAUCUUCACCUGCAUUAUUCCAAACCUUACAGAUCUAUUCUUUAAGUGAACAGAUCAUUCUAUUUGAGCUGUGAUAUCAAAUCACUGCAGUGCUUGUAAAUUAGGGUAUAUUUGCUUAUUUGCUAAACCGGGAAAAGCGCAGGGUUGACAAAGAGAUUGCAAAUGUCAGGCCAAAAAUAUUCAAAAUGACAAAAUCCUUGGCUUGGACAUUUUUCUGGCAUAGUCUUUUUAACUUUUUAAGAACCAAAUGAUUGCCCCAAUCUAUUCCCUACUAGGGGUCAGCACACAAUAGAUCGUUAGAUGUUGUAGAAUUGCAACUUCUUCUGUGAUGGUUUGACAUUACAAAAUCUGGCAAAGCAACAUGGUUAUUGUAGUUCUACACCUUGGGAUCUACCUUUUUGCCCAGACAUGUGAGCAAUUUAUAUCAACAUGUCUGUCCUGAUUAUUUAAUUCUGGUAGCUCUAUGCAACCCCUCAAACAGUGUAUAACAGAAUAAUCUGUUUUCUAGGGUAGGUGGAUUAAAAGGGAUACAUUGUAUCAAGGUUACAGGUGUCUACACUUUAAUGCUGGGAACAGUCCCUUUAAAUUAGACUCAAUGUUCACUCUAAACUACAGGGUUGAUCAGAGCAUCAUUUGUUUUUAUUAUCACCAGUGACCUGGCUGGGUUUUCUGGGCUCUCUCUAUCGAAUAGUAUUUUUAAAUUUCUGCAGAAUAUUGCUCUUGUAUAGUACAUCAUGCUAUAAUAUAGACUUGUCUUGCAGAUAGUGCUGACUUUUGCAUGCUUGUAUUUAAAAGCAGAACAAUUAUCUUGGCAGUGAAGACAUGAGAAAACUCAGAUCCUUACCCCCUUUGCCUUGUGAGCUAGCACAAGGCUUCAUUGUGUGAAUCAGUCCCUCCCACCCCUCUGUAUUUAGAAUGGGGGCUGCUGUUAAAGUCACAGUUCUGUACCACCCCCACAUCCUUACCAUGGACUUUAUUAUUACUGCAUGGAUAUAUAGCAGUAUGUAGACAUGUCUAAAACCUCUUAGGCAACUGAGCUAUAGAUAGGUAAUAAACAAGAUUGGGCAACACUCGGGCCGCCGCAGACUGUACCUCCCAUCAUGCUUAGCAAGAAUAAAGGAUGGCUGGCAUUGAUAGGAUUGUAAUUUGCAGUUGCUAGGCCGCUGGAUGCUGUUUAAUCUAGAAAAUAGGGUAUCUGCUUUUUAUUGAUGUAAAGAAAUUCUUGGGCAUAAUUUACUGAACAUCGCUUCAGCAGUAUUCUUCAUAUAAUGGCUGCCUAAGCAUAUAGGAGUUGUAAUCCGUGGUGGCAGGUUACCAAAGCCUUUUAUAGCAGUCAAAUAUAAGAUUACGCACUGCUCUCCAUGAGUUAGUGAACAUAGUGAAAAAAAUGGAAUUUAAAAUUGGGGGCCCCGUUGCACAUUAUUCAUUUGAACACGUUCUAUGUUGCCCUGUGCCUUGUUAUGAUUGAAGCUGUAAACAUUGUGGUGUCUGCACUGUUAUCUGAGCUCAGAGCUGGAGAUUCUCAAAGGCAUUUCAUAAGAUUAGAAAUUCGAGGGUUCAAAGGCAAUUAUACUCCAGACAAUGUAUCAGUCAUGUAAAAUAUAGACAACAGGGGGGCAUACAGGGAGAGGUUAUAUGGAGUAAUAGGAGGAGUUAUAGGGAGAGGUUAUAUGGAGUAAUAGGAGGCGUUAUAAAGAGACGUUAUAUGGAGUAAUAGGAGGAGUUAUAGAGAGAGGUUAUAUGGAGUAAUAGGAGGAGUUAUAGGGAGAGGUUAUAUGGAGUAAUAGAAGGAGUUAUAGGGAGAGGUUAUAUGGAGUAAUAGGAGGAGUUAUAGGGAGAGGAUAUAUGGAAAAAUAGGAGGAGUUAUAGGGAGUAAUAGGAGGAGUUAUAGGGAGAGGUUAUAUGGCGUAAUAGGAGGAGUUAUAUGGAGUAAUAGGAGGAGUUAUAGGGAGAGGUUAUAUGGAGUAAUAGGAAAGGUUAUAUAGAGAGAUUACAUGGAGUAGCGUUAUAGGUGUUCUAUGAAUCAGUAAGAAGUGUUAAUAAAAGAGAUGUUUCACAGAGAAAUAUAUAUUGUUCUUUGGAAAGGUUAUAUAUGAUGAAAUAGGACUUUUACCGAGGCUAAUUGGCUCAUCGAGGGUGUUAUAUAACACUAUAGCAGGAUUUUAUGUUGAAAGUAUAUUUUCAAAUAUCUGAACGUGAAUUUUAUUUCAAAUUUCAAAAUCACAUUUAUAGGCUAAUGAUAUACACAUACUGAUACAGAGUUACAUGGCAACCAUAAUUCAUAGCAGUAAUGUGAAGGAAUUAUAUGCAGUGAUUUGUCUGUUAUUGCAUUGCUAAUUUACAAUUCUCCAACCCAUAGCCACGUUCUAAUCUAGAGCUAUGUUAUUGCUAAUUUAACUUAUGCUAUAUGGCAUCCUGAUCAAAACACUCCAGCAAUAAAAAGAUGCAUAUAGAUGUUUGAAAUUGAAAGGGUGAUCUCUCUCAUUCAUGUAAAAACAGUGGAGACGAGAGGACCUCCCCAAGGGAAAUAUCCAAAUGUCUGAAAAUCUCACAUAACUUUUAAGAUGAUAUGUUUCACUAUUUAAGAAACAUAAGAAAAUAAAAACAUGUUAAAAGAGCUGUUUACCCCAUUUUGCUAGUAGACUCCUUAAAAGGACACCGUAGGCACCCAGACCACUUCAGCUAAAUGAAGUGGUCUGGAUGCAGUGUUUAUAUUGCAUGUUUAUAUUGCAGCUCUAAGUCUGCCCUCAGCGGCUGGCUUCCGGAAUCAAAACGGACCUUUGGUCCGUUAUCUGACAGUGGAACGUCCUCACGCUGUGCAUGAGAACCUUCAGCGUCAGAUUUUCCCCAUAGUAAAGCAUUGAUUAAUGGUUUCCUAUAGGGAAAUCCUAAUGCGAGUGCAGCCAUUGACGUGCAUGCGCAUUAGUUCUCCCCCGCUGGCUGACAUCGGCGGGGGAGGAAUGUGGGCGGAGCUUUUCCCAGCGCCGAGGGACAUCGGUGCUGGAUUUAGGUAAGUGACUGAAGAGGUAUUAACACCUUCAGCUCUGUGGGAGGUGGGCCCAAGGGAGAGGGGGACCUUAGAAAUCUAUAGCUGUUUUCCUGGCACUAUAGGAUCCCUUUAAUAUUAUAUAUAUAUAUAUAGUACCCUGUUUAAUGAACGCUCCAUACGUGUGUCCCCCAGAUGUUUUUUUUGGUUCCUACAUCGAUGGUACAGACAGCUAGUCUGUGGGAACAAACGACCAAAUGGUUGUUGGAUUGAGAACGGGAGAACUUGUUUUGUGCACAUGUAGCGGUGAAAUUGCCCAAUCAGAUUAUUAAACAUCUUUAAAAGUAUUGUAAAACCAUUAAAGACAAUACUAAUGAUGGAAACAGAGUCAAAGUUACAGGAUGGCCGAGUAGGUGUUUAAAAAUGACAAAAUAAAUAGUAAAAGGAUGCUUCUGAAUAAAGCAAAGAAAGUUGUAUACAUACUGAAUGGGAAGUGGAUCACACAGUAUGGAUGGAUACAGGGUGGGAAGAGAGUGAAGAAUGCAUGAUAUGGGGAGUGUGGAGGAUACAGAAUGUUUUAAGGGUACAUGAUGGAGAAACAGUGGAGGGUACAUGAUGGGGAAGAGUAGAAUAUAGGACAAUAUAUAGGACAGUGAAUGACAUAUUGUGGAAAGAGUAAAUGAUACAAGAUAGAGAGUCGCUAUAAUACAGUAUGGGGAGAGGGAUUUUGACUCGGGAUGGAAAGAGAGUGGGUAAUUCAGUAAUCUAGAGAAGGUAUAUAAUACACGAUAGAGGGUCUGAGAGGACUAGAAAGGAGAGAGAGAGAUGUGAUAGUGAUAUUAUGUAAGAGACAGUGAUACAUGAUGGACAUAGAUUGGAUAGAACUAGGUAGAGAGAGAAUGAUACAGGAUGGGAAAGAGUGGACGAUACAGGACCGGAGAGGAUGGAUAAUAUAAAUUGGGGAGACAAGCUGAUACAUGAUAGGAGACAAUGAAAGAUAGGGAGAGGUUGGAUAAUACAUCGUACAGCGCUGCGGAAUCUGUUAGCGCUUUAUAAAUAAUAAUAUGGCUUGGGGAUGGAGUGGGUGAUAUAGGGUGGAGAAAAAACAGAUUGGAGAGAGUUUGCUCCAUGCUGUAUGGGGAUAAUGUUUUAGGAAGUGGGUAUAUUAUACUGCACAGAACAUAUAGAGGAUUAUUCAGUGUGUUUACGCUGGAUUAGGGAAGAGUGGAUACUGGGUGAUUAAUAAUAAUGUGUUUUGCAUGAUGCAUAGAGUAUAAAUGGCACUGGACGCUGUGUAUAAAGGGUUUAUACGGCAUAGGAUAGAGUGGAUUAUAAUUUUACGGGGAUAGACUGGCAUUUAUAGUUUCUGGAUGUAAAAUAGUGUUUAUACUGUACGGAGAGAGAAUGGUUCAUACUUCGCUGGAGACAGAGCUUGUUUAUACUGUAUAUAAUGCAAUAGGUUUAUUCUUUUAUAGCGAUAUAGUGAGGUUUUUAUUGGAUGGGCAUAGAGUGGUUUAUUGGGCAGUGGAUUAAAUAGAAUGUCAGAGAGCUGAUGGCAUUUAAUGUUGGGUGAGUGGAUUAUAUAGGAUGAUAAAAAGUGAAACAUUGGAUGGACACUGAGGUUACACAAUGAGUGGACUGCGCCCUUUAAAACCUGGCUUAUUGUAAUUGACUCCUGUUUUUAGCCUCAUGAUUUCGAUUUCCCAACUGUGACUGCACAGAGUCAUUUAACAAGUAAUGGGUAACUGAUUUGUAGUGAUUCGGACUACUUUCUGAUUGAUAAUGCUGCUGACGGAUGAAUAUAUUAUGUAUCAGUGAUUGAUUCUUCUUUACAAUCAUGGCCUAGUAUUGAGCAAGAUUUACAACUGACCAUCGAGUAAUCCUGCUGUGUCGCUGUAAUUACAUUAGUGAAACAACGUAACAAGAUUGUGAAAAAACGUAAACCUGGUAGGUUAAAAACUCCAAUAUACUACGCUAAGUCACAUAAAAGUAAUGCUUUUGACAGUGAUACUUUGGUGAUGUUGGGAAGUUGAGUGGUUAGGUGGUGAGAAUGCUUCAGUGUAUUCAAAGGCAGUCAGAUUAGUCUGCAGCUUCUAUAACAGGAACACUCCAUCACGCUGUAGUGGUUAUGGUGCCAGGCGUGUCCUGGCGAUCCCCUACAUGUAAGUAGUCACACCAUUUGCUGUUUGACAACUUACCUGGGUGCCAAUUUUAGCCUACAUGACAGCUAUAAGCUCUCUGCAUUGAGCUAAGUCAGGCAGAGCAACUGACCCCAAGUAAGUUGUCAAACUAUUAGCAAACAGUUUGACUAUUUGCAUCGGGUGGGGUGCCAGGAGUACUCUGUGCACCAUAACCACUACAGCGUGUUCAGUUGAUAACAAAUGUAUACAUUGUGGUAAGAUUACAUUUCAAGGACAAAUUGAUUCAAUUGUGUUUAUCUAGAUUCUUUUUAUGAUUUAGUUCUCACAAGAGAACAUUUUUCCCAGAAAUCACUAGGUAGAGAAACUCAUUAAGGAAGUAAUAGCAAAAAACAAGGUUCUCACCGAAGUCAUAAGAGAACUUGGAACUUGGAGAAAACGUACAUACUGAAAAUGGCUGCUAAAUAGAAACAGGAAUUAAAUAUUACUCCAAAAUUAAUAAGAAGUCAUGGGGUCCUGAACAGAUGGCAGCAAAAAGGGAUUUCUCAAAAAAAAAAAAAUGGGGACACGGACGGUUAUGUUAAUUUAAAUGUGAAGAAUUUUAAUAGAUGCUUCAUUUUGGAAUUCAAGUGAUGAAGCAAUGAAGAUAAUUUAAUAAUGUGACAUGUAGGCUAACUACUGGCCCCAAAACCUUGGAUUUGCACAAAUUUAUGGCUGAGAAAAUGGCACUAUACCCAGGUACUGCCUGCUUGGAUUUGUGAUACCUAUGGUUUUGCUGCACAGCAAAGUAACACCAGAUAGGUACAAUUUUAAUAAAGCAUAUAAAUAUUUAAUGCACUAUGCAUACUUGCUCACAAGAACAAAUGUAUUAUAAUAACAUUUCUCCCAACUUUUCAAAUAGUCAUAGAGGGACAUUUUAAUUUUAGGGGUGUGAGUGGGAGUGUGGCCAGGAGCAGGGCUGUUCUCAGAUAAUUUAGGUGACUUACUAAUAAAAAUGUAUGUAACUAAAAUAUAAUUUAUAAAACGAACAAUAUAUCUUAUUUACACAGACUGAUUUCCUCAACACAAUUAUUGUAGUUUAAAGGGACACUAUAGUCACCAGAACCACUAAGGCUUAAUGUAGUGGCUCUGGUGUCUACAGCAUGUCCCUGCAGGCAUUUCAAUGCAAACACUGUCUUUUCAGAGAAACGGCAGUGUUUAAAUGGCUGCUUAGAAACACCUCUAGUAACAGUUGCUCAGACGGCCACUAGAGGUGCUGCACUCAUGCAGCACCUACAUUCAGCAUCCCCACUCUCUGCAUGGAGAUGCUGAAUGUUUUGCCAUGCAUGCACAAUAGCCUCCCAAUGCUUCCUAUGGGAAAGCAUUGGAUUGGCUGAAAUUGUCAAGAUUGAUCUCAGCCAUGGAGGCAGGGCUAGCCAUGGUGAGACCUGCAUGGUGAUGGAGAAAAUGUACAUUUAAAUAUAUUUUUUACUUCAUUUUGUGAGAUGCCAAGAUCUAAAUAUCUAGUCCAACACUAUAUUGUUACGAAUACAUGUGUGCAUGUGGACCUCUGUUACACACUCAGGCACACCAGCAGUAUGGAGCUUCUAGAAAGAGGGCCUUUAGCAUAGAAAAGAAGAGAAGAGAAGGGGGAUUUGGACCCAAAAUAGGGACUGUCUCUCCAAAACAGGGACACUUGGGUGAUAUGUAAAACAUAUAUAUUUAUUAUACAGCAGCAAAAGUCUCCUCUUAAUGUGCUUAUGAGUAUGUUCUCUAAUGGAAAUUAAGCUACAUUACUUGAGGCUCUGUGUAAACGUAAAUAUGAUUAAACAAAUGCUGCUAAUAGAUUUCCUUUCAGAGAAGGCUGCAAUCCACAUACUGAUUUCCCCUGUUCUUACUUCCUCCCCAAGGCUCUUUCAAACUUAUGUCUGGAACACAAAGCCAGAUGAAGUGUAUUGGCAAGGUCUGCAGAUUGCAUCCAAGCCUGGCUCGGCUUUUCAGCCUCUGUGUGUAGGCCUGAGUCCUGUAGACCGUUUCCAGGAUACCCAUCUAUAGACAUGCAGAAAACGUCUGCCUGGAGCAGCUGCAUUAAGCCCCUCUCUCCUCCCUCCAUCAUUAAAAUCCCCUAAGUCCCUUUAGGGAUUUAAACCCCCCCCCCCAGAGAGCAUAUGAGGGGGUUGGAAGAUUCAGGGUUGUAGAACACGGUGGGAGAUAGUAAAUUGGAGGUCAGAAGACCAACUAUCAUUCUCUAUCCUAAAAAUAUAUUGUAUCUUUAAAUUGUGAUGUGAAUGGCAGAUACAUAUAUAUAUAUAUAUUUGUCGGCUUCCUUUAGCCUGUAUCUUUAAAAUAAUUUUCAUUAGUUUAAUUUAAAUCAUGCUGGCUCAGAGUCUGUUUUACAGGGUAAUUCACCAUAUUGGGAAUUCUGAAAAAAUUGCAAAGAUUUGCACAUUUUUGGCCAAAGCAGUCGGGCUGGAAAUAUUCUCUAAAUCGGCAGUUUUUCUGAUUUUUCUAUUGUGGCCUUACAUUUGCAAUUCCCUUGUCAAUACUGCACACCUCCCAGUUUAGUGAAUAAUUCCUACUGAGUGCAGAGGGUGAGAAAGGUUAGCAGAUUAGAACGCACACAGUAGAGGGUGAGUCAGGGUGAAUGAUGAAUGUUCUGCUUCCUCAGAUGAAAGUGGAAAAAGCAGUUUGGUUAAAUAUGAGCCCGAGGCAAAGUGAAUUCAGUGACGAGAACAUAAUACACACAUACACUCACACACAAUAGCAGGCACAGCAGCAUGGUAAACACAGCCACUAUUGGCACAGUAACAUGAUAUAUACAUACUAACUGGAAUGAUAAUAAAAUAUACAUACACUGCAGGCUGUCUGCACAUUAUACACACAGCAAUAUAAUUUAUGUUUGACAUGAGGCACACUGCUGGUACAGUAAAGUCACUUAUUCCUAUCACAUUAACACAAUAUAUUCACACAAAUUACUGGUACAGUAACAUGAUAUACACUCUACUGUCACGGUAACACAUUACAUACCCACUGCUUGCACACAUGAUAUACACUCUACUGUCACGGUAACACAUUACAUACCCACAGCUUGCACACAUGAUAUACACUCUACUGUCACGGUAACACAUUACAUACCCACUGCUUGCACACAUGAUAUACACACUACUGUCACGGUAACACAGUACAUACCCACUACUUGCACACAUGAUAUACACACUACUGUCACGGUAACAUAGUACAUACCCACUGCUUGCACACAUGAUAUACACACUACUGUCACAGUAACACAGUACAUACCCACUGCUUGCACACAUGAUAUACACACUACUGUCACGGUAACACAGCACAUACCCAUUGCUGGAACACAACUUCCAUACAACUUUGCAUGCCUUUAGAAUGCUUUUGGAAUGACAAAGCAUCAUGGGGGCUGUAGUUUUAAAACAUCUGGGGAUCUACCUUUUGGGCACUCCUGAUGUACACACUACUGUCAUUGUAACACAGUGCACCCCGACUAAUACUGUCUCAGUAACAGGAUACACACACACACACACACACACACACACUACUGGCCCAGUAACAAAAUGUACGUAUUGUGUAGUAACACAAAAACACAAUAUACACACAGUCCUUUGGCAAAGAAAAUCAAAACAGACACACCUGACACAGUAACACAUAUACAUGCUGCAAAUAUAUUACAUAUAUGCUACAUACACAAUACACUACUGAGUAAUGAAAAACAAAACACAGACAGUAGAGGCAUGACUAAUAUACAUGCUAAUGACACAGAAGGACUGCUGGCUAGAUUAAAUUCCCGUUACCCCCAAUAAAGACAUGACGCCUGAGUAUUGGCCACAGCUUUAUUUGAUUUAACUUUAAACACCGCCAGCAUUAUCACCACCUGUCGGCUGUUGGGGUGACUACCCAACAGAUAGAUAAAACGGUAUAUUUCCAGAUUCCGUACAGCCUGCCUUCCGCCAUCAGCCCAAGCAGGCUGCGACUCCCAAGAGCCUUGUUUCGUGAAUUACUUGCGCUGGCCAGGAACUCUGCCUUAGCUGUGACAAAAGGAGAACAAAAAACAUACAACACCACAGAAAUACACCAACAUUCAUAACCAUAGGGUGGGCAGGAAGGGAAAAACCUUUUCAUAGCAAGUGGUGAGUGCCCUCCCCUCUGCACCCCUUCUUAUACCAUCCCAUCUCUGCAAUCUCUCUAUCCCAACCCUUAUUGUAGGGCAGCAGUCAUGCUUCCCCUUCCUGACAGUCCAUGGGAUCCCUAUAUACACUUAGUACACACAAAGACGGGGUGAAUUCUUGCACUAAAUUGAAAAAUGCAGUAUACCUGGAGGAUAGUAUGGGUUCAUAAAUAAUUUAAGCCUGUCCCUAAGUCAAAUAAGUGUUGCCCUCUAGCUGUGCCCGGUCCUAGCCUUAGGGCACCUGGUUAUCAGUAGCUUAAAGAAAAACUAUUCUUUUGUUAGUUCCCAUAUAUUUGUUCAUUUCCAGUUGAACCAGUCUUACAGACAGCCUUCUUUACACCGUUUUUCACAGUUACAUUGCAGUGCCCAUUGUAACGUGUACACAUGUACAAUGCAGUCGCUAAUGUUCCGUACAGGAGGAAGUAAUUCUCUUUAAACAUAUUUCACAUGCCAAAUUUGUCUCACAUAACAUUUCAUUGCCUGAUUUGCUUAAAUGUACCUCUCUUACGCAGAAAUACAUUUGACAUUUAAUAUGUGACUAUGGUUUAUUAAUAUAUUUAAUUGCGUGAGUAAAUCUAAACAAAUAUUAAAAUAUCACAUUACAGGACACCAAGAAAUAUGCAGUCAAGACAUUCUUUAAACACAGUGAGAAAACAAACAAAAAACUGUUUCAGCUGUAGAAAUUGAAUCAGGUUUAAUUGGGCCUUGUAUGAAUUUGCACAAGAGUGUAAAUGUCUUUUCUUGCGCAUACAGGUUUAUGUACUAUAGUAAGAAUUCAAAGUGAAUUUUAACUUUAAAAGAACGCUAUAUUUUCAGGAUUACAAACGUAUUCCUGACACUAUAGUUCUAAUACCGCUAUUUAGGAUUCUUACCCCAAUUAAAAAGGUGUUUAAACUCACCUUUUUUCCAGCACCACGCUGGUCUUGUUGUGGCUAGUUCUGCUCCGUUCCUUGGCUGAGAUUAUUUAUAAUAUAUAAUAGCGUCUCAAUAGCCCAUGCGCUUUGGUCUUACCAAUGCUUUCUCCUUUCUCUUCUACGAUAAAGGAGCCACUUACUCUAUAGCUAAAGAUACAACUAUUGAAAAGCGUUUGACCGUUCAGAAAAUGGAUAUUAUAGAAAUAUCUGCUCUAAAUCCCUGUGAAUGAUUUGUAGUCCUUGCAACUAACUACUGAACAAGACCCCAACAUAAACGCUUAUUAAUAAUUUAUGUCUUCAGGCCCCUGGAUGGACUAUUGUACACUUGUGCAGAUUUAAUGAUGUAAAAACAGGCUAUGGGUGACUCAUGGCCAGAGAGUGGGUGAACCUGCAAUACAGAUUAUAUCACUGAUAAGACCAGUCAGUUAUCUCGGUAUGCCUACAUAAAUUACUGCGAAAGUGCCAUUCAUGGGCAGAAAUGCCCUGAAACUACUUCAGUGUGUCGUUAGAGGGGCAUCAUAACCACUACAUCCCAGUUACUACAGCUACUUUUGACAAAAAAACCUGAUAGACUGUACCCAAAGCCUAUUUGCACUAUAACCACUAUAAAAAGAUGUAGUGAUUAUGGUACAUACGGUAUCCUUUUAAGGUGCUUUUUGAGGAAUUUCCCCGUUGUUAAUUGUUGGACCAUCAUUUGAAGGGACGUUUACAGAACAACAGCUAAUGAAGGUAUACAAGGAUGUGUCUAGUGGACUAGUAGAAUUGUACCAGGCAAGAUGCACUUUGACCUUCAUGUAAAUGUCCUUCAAGAUGUGCAUGGCUAUUCCAGGGCAAUUCUGCCAGUGAAAUCGCUACUAGUACUCAUGCAUAAAGGCAGCCUGGGUUUCUGGCCUAAAAUGCUCUCUAUCAUCCUGACGCUAUUCACAGGCAUGUACCUCUACAAUGAUGGAAAUUGUGACACUGGCAAUACUCUACACCAGGUGUUACUAAAAGGUAGAUCCCCAGAUGUAGAACUACAAUUCGCAUAAUGCUUUGCAUGUCUUUAGCAUGACAAAGCAUCAUGGAAGUUCUACUUUUAAAACAUCUGAGAAUCUACCUUUUGGGCACCCCAGGUCUACACAGUUCGCUGGCCAUCUUCAGGCACUAGCUGGGCACUGGGCAGCAAAUAUUUACUGGACCUGCCAGUUACCUACCUGCCCCUUCCCUAUCUAUUUUAGGGAAGGGGGCAUUGGAGGGGGCACCACCGUUGACUCCCUAAAUGAAGGUGUGUAGUCCCAGCUUUAUACAUGUCAAAGUUGGCAGGCAUUUUUGUAUCCAGAUAGCCUCUGACAUUUUGCCUCCUGUGGAUUUAUACUACCACUAUAGGCUGGCUGAGAAUAAUUACAUGAGUUGUAGUGCUAUGAAGUCAACUUAUCUCAUUUUCUCAAACAUUAGGCAUGCAGUAACCAGUAUUGUUUUUCCAUCAUUAAGUAUUUUGCUUAAAACCAAAUCUACAGGGUUUUUUUUUUUUAUUAAUGGGCCUCUGGGGAAACAUUUCAUUGGUGACUUGGCAGUAAUACAGGAAGUCAUUUGGAAGUAGUUGGGGACAAACAGAGUCAAACAGAUGUCUAACGGGUCAUUUCCGGGGAAAGUCAUUAUUUCCUGAGAGUGUGUUAGACACUAGCGAGAGACUACAUCAUAGAGCAGCUGGGAUUUGUUUAACCCCUUCUAAAAAGGCCAGCGCAUACCGGUAGUUUAUACAGAGGAUACAUUUAUCUGUAAAGAUGUUGAUAAUAAGUGUCUAAGUACUUAUUAUAAUAAGUACACUGUUAAAAAAUAUCAAUAAGUGGAUAUAAAGGGCAUACUACUAUUAGAAAUGCAUAUCUAGAGCAAAUGUAUUAAUUGUAGUAAAGUAGUUAAAUUCUCAAGACAUUCAGUAUAAAACGGCAUUAUGACAUGUAACGCUGGUUAUAUGGUUACUACUUUCAUUGUUACACGGUUCUUUACCUACUCUAUGCAAAUGGAUGCUGAUCACAUCUCACGUGCAUAUCACAUCCUAUGACAACAAUACACUACCAAAGUCAUUGAAUAACACUGCUACAAAGACAGCCCCGCUCCUACAUAGUAUGUUAAAUACAUUACUUUUUAAGGUUAUUUAUUAUUCUUCGUUAACUAUAAAAAAAACGAAACUCUGGCGGAUUCCGACCAUGUCGAUCACCACAACAUGAAGAAAAGCCUUAACAAAAUAACUCUCGACUUUCUUUUUCUUUCUGUGAUACAUUGUCGACAUAUGUACUAUGAUAUGGCUUUUGCACAAGCCUAACAAUGUUAAUUUACCAAGCGAUCUGCCAUUGCAAAAAUAAAGAAUUUAAAUAAAUAUAUAUAUAUAUAUAUAUAUAUAUAUAUAUAUAUAUAUCAAUAACGCAAACAAAAAAUGCAAAGUAUCUGCAAAGUUUGCAGUUUAAAAAGUUUUUUUAAUAUUUGCAUUAACCAUAAAAUUUGGGAAAUAUAUUUCUGUUAGUGUAGUAACUUUAUUUUGCUUUUUUACAGUGUGCACAGGGACGGAUAUGAAAUUGUUUCGUCCUUCCAGCCAGAAAAUACAUUAUGAUACAAUACGGACCCUCUAUAACGACUGCCAGGUUAUUCAUGGAAAUUUAGAAAUCACCUACUUGAAAAAUGAUGAUGAUGUCUCCUUUUUAAAGGUGAGUAGAUUAACAUAUAUUAUAUUUAUAACAUAAUAUUGUAGGCAUACUUGUAUAAGUAGACCAUAACAGACAUGUUUAUGUAGUUUUACUGUUUCAGCUUAUUUGAUGCAGAUAGAUCAAUACAGGUGUAUUUAUACAGGUAGACUGUUGCAGUUUUACAGAUAAAAGUGGAAUAGUGUAGAUAUUCUUGUGGCGGAGCCAGCCUCGCCACUGGGCAUUGGAGAAGACUGAUUGCCAGCCUCCUGCCAUGGGACUAUGGCCCCUGGGAUGUAGUGCCUGCUCUCCUGUACUGCUGAGGAUUGCUACCAACUAGGUGGAUUUGGCUAUGGAGCUUGUGUAGUGCCCUCUGUUGGUAGCAACAGUAAUAUGCACUACCUAAAUAGCAAGACUGGUAAUUUGCAUAUUCAGGUAGUUUAGCAUAUCGCUAAUUCUGCAUGCAGGAGAGACAUUUUGUGUUAAUUAUGGUCUUCUCCAUCCAUUUAUAAAUAUGUAAUUAUGUUAUAAUAAGUCACUGUAUGUUGCCUGCUAUUAUUUGACUGUUUGUAAUUUUAUUGAGUUUUCACAGCAAUGUUAAAGGACCACUAUAGUGCCAGGAAAACAUACUCGUAUUCCUGGCACUAUAGUGCCCUGAGGGGGGUGGGACUGGGACCUCAUCCCGCCCGGCUCUGGGGAGAGGAAAGGGGUUAAAACUUACCUUGAUCCAGCGCUAGGCGGGGAGCUCCUAUCCUCCUCCUCUCCUCCCAUUCGGCUGAAUGCGCACGCGCGGAAAUAGCUGUGCGCGCAUUCAGUCGGUCUCAUAGGAAAGCAUUUACAAUUCUUUCCUAUGGACGCUUGCGUGCUCUCACUGUGAUUUUCACAGUGGGAAGCACGCAAACGCCUCUAGCGGCUGUCAAUGAGACAGCCACUAGAGGCUUUGAGGGCUGGAUUAACCCAUUUAUAAACAUAGCAGGUUCUCUGAAACUGCUAUGUUUAUAAAAAAAAUGGGUUAACCCUAGCUGGACCUGGCACCCAGACCAUUUCAUUAAGCUGAAAUGGUCUGGGUGCCUAGAGUGGUCCUUUAAUGUAAUGACCAUAUGGGCUAGUCUCAAGUAAAAUAAAGUUUUAGACAGAUCUAUUUCACCCUCAAUUUGGAGUACUGUCUCUUAUUGGGGGAAUCUGCUACAAGGGAUUGCUAUACUCUGCAUAUUCCCUUGCUAUAAUCACUCCUAAACUCUUUUAAGAGCUUGUUCCUGCUUUGCUCUGAAGGAAGAGAGGUUUGGCCUGCGGUGGUUGUGGUGUUGGCUAGAGUGCUUGGAAUCCUCAAGAAGUGCUAGGAGCAUCCAUCACGGAGAAACCCAGUCGGGGUGGUAGGUGUACUGUUACAGUUCUGAUGUAAAGAAUUACAGAAUUUUUAUACAUGUACAGUUAUGCAAGCCAAUCAGUGUAGUUUAAAAUAUAUAAGUGUAGUUAUACAAACAGAAUAAUACACGUCUAGUUAUACAGGUAUAUAAUUAUAUAGGUUUAUUUGUUUAGGUAGAAUAUUUAAAAUUAAUUAAUACAAGAAAUGGAAAUUUCAUAUAAGAAAAUAUAUAUUUUAAAUAAAAAAAUACAUUUUAUAAUAAAAUAUAUAUUUUAUAUUUUAAAAUAUAUAUUAUAAUAAUAUAAUUUUCAUAUAAGAAAAUUAUAUACGUGGAUUGAUACAGACUGUGUAUUACAGCUGUUUUAAAAAAAAAUAAAAAAUAGAGCCCUGGUAUGUUUGUUAACGUAGGUAAAAUAUUACAAGUGUAUUUAUAAAAGUAUAAUGCUGCAUGGCUGUUAAAGGAGCCCUCUAUGCUUCAUAACCACUUGUGUAGUGGUUAUGGGGCAAGGAGUUCUCUCAUGCCUUUCCCCCAGGGAGCAUCAUUGGCUGUGAGUGUAAACUAGUUAUGGUGCAUAGAGUUCCUGUUUAAUACAGAUAGACUGUUACAUGUGUGUCUAUACAAGUAGAAUGCUGCACGUCUGCUGAUACAGGUAGAAUGCUAGGUAUCUGUUGAUACAGCUAGACCAUUACAUGUGUAUUUAUACAAGGAGAGUUCUAGGUAUCUGAUGACACAGCUAGAACAUUAGAGGUCCAUAUACACAAUUCAAUAAAAAUUGAUGCUGGUAAACUUUUGCCGGUAUAUUUAUGUUACAGAUAUUAUAUUUCAGAUUUAUUUGCAUAGUUAGAAUACUACAGAUGUACACAUACAGGCAAACUACUACAGGUAUAAUAGUACAGCAAAAAGACGAUGAAUUGGAGACUGUUUGCAAAUGUUUUGUUACUGAGAUAGUAUUGCAGAUUAUUUUAUUCUGAUAGAUUAUUACAGGCAUCAGGACCUUAGGUCUUUAGGCGCCCUGUGCGAAAAAUCUUGACAGUGCCCCCUCCCCUUCAUCCAUGUAUAGUGUGUGUGUGAAUAGGGGUUUAGUGUUUGUAUAGGGCACAGGCAUACACACAGCAACACACACAUUUACAGUGACACACGCAGUUGCAGUCACACACACAGUUACAGUCAGUCAGUUACAUUCAUACACACACACACACAGACAGGCAGUCGCAUGCACAGAUAGGCAGUCACACAAAUGGAAAGUUACCUCUCUCCAUAAUGAGCUGUAAGGGGGGAGAGGAGGCUUUUGCAGCUCCUGGAGUUGUUGGGGAAGCAGUGACUCCUUCCACUUUCCCUUUCCUAUGCAGCACCGGCUCAAGGGCACAUUUAGCUCCGCCCCUGCCGCUAUUUAGCCCCUCUCCUGCUGCUGUUUAGCCCCUCCCUGUCACCUGCUAAGCCCCACCCACAUUACCAUGUGUUUUUUGGAUACUACCGGGUGGAGAAAAAUGAAAUCCUCCACCUGGGAAGCAGGUGCACACAUUUUAAUUCCGUCCAUGCGUGAGCUAUGUCGGCGCCUCCUGCUGCCAUAGCGCCCUGUGCGGUCGCACAGCUCGCACACUCCUAAGGCUGGCCCUGACAGGCAUACUAAUACAGGUAAAAUACUGCAGAUAUAUGGAAACAAGUAAAAUAUUACAGCUGUGGUGAUCAGAAAUAAUAUUAUGUUGUAUUAAUACAGUUACAGUUGUGUGAUUCUGAAUAUUUGCCUUCUAUAAAUGCCACUACAUGAAACACGCCAUGUGCAUCCCAGUGACCUGAACUCCUUUAUUCUUUUUUAAUAUUUUAUCAACAUGUAGGCUUAGUCUGUCAAGCUGCAAGGGAUUCUGGUUUGAGGCCAGUUUUGCCAGCUGCUACUCAUAUAUGUAUAUUUAUGUGACAGUAUCCAGUCUGUAAUAGAACACCGUGAUUGAACGUUCUUAAUAACUGCAGACUGUGCCACACAGUAACACACGUCAUCUGCGGGGAGGGAGAAGAGAAAAUGGCAUGCUGUGCCAAGAACCCUUGUGUUAGCCAGGAAGGAUUCCAGAAUUCCACUGUACAGUUAUUAGUCAUUAAUUGUAUCAGGUGAACAGAAUGAUACACGUAAUACAUUGUAGGUUAUUUUCAAAGGUAGGGCAUUACCGGUGUAUCAAUACAGAUACAAUCAUUAAUUGCGACCGCAUUGACAAUUUGGCGAUUAACUAAAGCCAAAUGUGGUCAGGGUUCAUUCGGUCAGACCCAUUCUGUGACAUUCGUUCAGAAGCAUUCAGAAAAUCAGUAAUACUGCAUUCAAAAUAAUAUAAAGCACAGGAAUUGGAGAUUUAUCAAUGACCGCAUGGCGGCCGAAGAUAAGCUAAAUGCAUCCAGUAAGAUGCACAUUCGCAAAUUAUUAUUCACUUUCCUUUUGCAAGCGAAUGAUACUUUGAAGUACUAUUUGCCCCCUGGCAAUUCUUGAAGCCUCCGGCCCCAGACAAGUUCUUUGUUUCAGGUUUCAGCAGUCGUGCUGCAUACGCUAGAGCUGAAAUCUGGAUUUAAUUCAGGCCAGCUUCUGGUCUGAUUUACACAAUAUGGACAAUUCCAUAACAAUAUCUGGAUUUCGUAGUCCGAAUUUUGUGAAUAACCCCAAAUGUUUGACAAACCCUGAAUGUUAGACAAUAUAGCAAUUUUUUUGUAUAGCUUGCAAUUAGAUGGUACAUAAAAAUCUAAUUAUGUAAAUAUAAAGCAUGUUAAUUUAUCUUGUGUUUGUUCAUUCUUAACGGAACCAUCUGGGAAUGAAGCAUUUUAGAUCUUAUAUGGUAUAAAUUAUCUGGCAAACAGCAGAAAUAACAUUUUGUCUCAUUCAGUAGUUUUACAAAAUUAGAUAAAUAAAAAUGGUUGAAUACCUUGAUAGCAGUUUUGGGGAUGCCGCCAGAAUGUAAAAAUAAUGUCUGUGUGUGCAGCCAUGUAGUUUGACAUUAGGAAUACCAUUUACAGUCUCUCUGCAGAUGCACAUAGCGAUCUUUGCUGAUAUAGUAAUUAAUGUUCAUAAAUCAGAUGAGGAUAAGUCAAUAUAUUUGACCCUAACUUCCCAUCCAACUAUCGUCCUAUCUCGCUACUGCCUUUUGCAUCCAAGAUCGUUGAAAAAAUUGUGUAUGCGAGAUUGACAGACUUUCUCGAGUCCAACUCUCUGCUAGACCCGCUUCAGUCUGGUUUCCGCGCUAAGCACUCUGUGGAAACGGCACUGACCAAAGUAUCCAAUGAUCUACUCGCUGCAAAAUCUCGUGGUCACUACUCUAUCCUAAUUCUCCUUGACCUGUCUGCGGCUUUUGACACUGUUGAUCAUCAACAGCUUCUCAUCCUCCGCAAUAUCGGUCUACAAGAUACUGCUCUCUUCUACCUCUCCCAGCGCUCUUUCAGUGUUUCUUUCUCUGGCUCUGCUUCUUCUCCCCAACUCCUCUCUGUUGGUGCCCCCCAAGGUUCAGUCCUUGGUCCUGUUCUCCAUCUAUACUGCCUCCCUUGGUAAACUCAUUAGCUCCUUUUGCUUCCAAUAUCAUUUCUAUGCAGAUGACACUCAAAUCUACCUGUCCUCUCCUGAUCUCUCCCCGUCCCUCUUGACUAAUGUCUGUGACUGCCUCUCUGCUGUUUCUAACUGGAUGGCUGCCCAAUUCCUUAAACUAAACUUGGCCAAAACUGAAAUUCUGGUCUUUCCUCCCUCAAGUGUUGUUACUCCUGUGUCUGUCUCCCUCCAAGUCUACGGUGCUACCAUCAGCUCCACCAUGCAAGCUCGCUGCCUAGGUGUUCUCUUUUACUCCGACCUCUCCUUCAAGCCUCAUGUUCAAUCUAUCGCCAAAUCCUGUCAUUUCCAUCUAAAAAACAUUGCGCGCAUUCGCCCCUACUUAACGCCAGAUGCGACUAAGGUGUUGGUCCAUUCCACUGUCCUUUCUCGCCCUGACUACUGUAAUCCGCUUCUCAGUGGUCUUACGUGCUCCCAACUAGCGCCGUUACAGUCCAUAAUGAAUGCGGCGGCAAGGCUCCUGUUUGCACGCACCUCCCAUGCCUCACCCUUCUGUCAAUCCCUACAUUGGCUUCCUAUAAAAUAUAGAGCUUUCAAAUCUCUACAUAAUGCUGCUCCCACCUAUCAAUCCUCCCUUAUACACAAGUAUGUCCCGUCUAGGCCCUUACGAUCUGCUGAAGACUUACGUCUAUCUUCUGUCCGUACUCCCACCUCUGAUGCUCGCCUUCAAGAUUUCUCAAGGGCUGCACCGUUCCUGUGGAACUUGCUUCCCUCCUCUGUUAGAUGCUCAACCAGUCUCAAAAAAUCGUUAAAAACCCACUUCAUAAAAGCGUAUCCAUUAAACUGCUAAUAGCUCCUGACUGAUUCCUCUUCUGCAACUGUCAUUAGUCUAAUACUAUCCUUACCUUUUUGUAUCAUUUUACCCCACUCCCUCUAGCAUGUAAGCUCAUUGAGCAGGGCCCUCAACCCCUCUGUUCCUGUGUGUCCAACUACAUGUCUGUUUGUCCACCCAUUGUAAAGCGCUGCAGAAUUUGACGGCUCUAUAAAUAUCAUAAUAAUAACAUAUUUGGGUUUAUUUACUAAAGUGAGAAGUUUUGGAAAUUCAAAAUCAAUUCAAGGAGAAUUUAACAUGAAUUUCAAAUUUAACGCCCUAAUAGUUAAGCUAUUUUGGUCUUAAAUUUGAAAUUCAUGUUAAAUUCCAAAUAAUUCUCACUUUCGUGAAAUAAAUAAAGCCCUGAAGGCGUUCUAGUAACAGGUGUCAUUUUUUUUCCUACCGAGUGUUACAGGUGUGCACAUACUCAUUCUCUUUAGACAGAUUGUAUAGGGUGUAUAAAUACAAUAGAAGAAUUAUUUUAAUGCAUCUAUAUCUAUUCACUAAAUGCCAAGUUUGUGAUGAAUAGUAUUGGAUGAAUGCGCAGAUGCACAUUUAUUGUUUAUUGCCUAGAUUGUUAUAAUUGUAGUGCUAGAGGUGUAUACUGAUAUUUUCUGAGUUCAUCAGAUUGGCAAAGUGAGAUGCACUUGAUACGUACAAUUAGCCACCAUUUGAAACAGAACAUUUUAGUGUUCGGAUAAUGGGAUAAUAUGUUUUGACAAAUCGGAUGAAAACCAAUGCAGAUAUAACGGGUGCUUUAGCGAUAAUGGCAAAGCCACUUUGUUGUCUAAUCAUUAUCUUGAAGGGCACACCUUGAACAAUCUAGAUUUUGAGCAUAUUUCGUAUGUUUUUCAGAGUCCGUUUGUGAAACGUUUGUUGUGGGGAAGUUAUGUUAAUGGUUUAUUUUUUUAUUUUUUUUAUUAUUAAAUGAUUAACCUCUCCUGGAAAUGAUUUUUCAAAAUUGUAUUCUUAGUUUGUACAAAGUACAUACUUGUGUACCUAGGAUAUUAUUGUUAUUAUAUUUUAUAAGAAAUCUUUUUUUAGUCAAUAAAAAUACGUAUAUUUGCAUCAAAAUAUAGAAUAAAAGAAUCACUGUAAAUAAGUAGAAAAGAGCAUUACUGUGCAAUUUCUAGUGACACUGCAAAUGUAUAUAUCUGUCUAAUAAAAAAAUUGAUUGGGUGCAGAGAGAAAGGAAAAAAAAUCAGGGGUCAGAAUAUCCUUUCUUUUCGUUUGCAGAUUACUAGUCUUCUCAUUUCAACAUUAAAAGGGUUAAAAAAUAUUCCAGCACCGGGAGAGUCUUACUUCUCAUUGCAGCUCAAAUCGGCCUCAUUUUAAGUCAUCAUUACUGAUAUCGUGUAUCCAUUAGGAUGCUUCUGGCUGUCAAUCUGAUUUUUUUUUUUUUAAGCUUAUUUAUUAAAAGGUCUAUUUUAAAAAGGUGUCUAUUUUAUGAAAUGUGCCAGAGGGGACACGCAGUUAAUCCUGAAAUAUGACUGGAGUGUCCUUUUAAACGAAGCAAUGAACAGUUCUAAAGAGCAGGUCUUCUACCUUAUGUAGCCAUUGUAGAAGGCGGCGUACAGGUGUAUUAAGUUAUAUUAAGUGCCUAAGGACACACUUAACCCUUCACUUAUAGAUCACUGUGGUUAAAAAGGCUCAAAGCCAGGCUUAAGGUGACAUCAUCACCUUUAGUAAAAUGAGUUACGGUCAAUCCAGUGCUGACAAUCUCAUGCACAGCUGACACUCAGACAAAUUUGUGUGGCCCUACAUGGCCCUCCUUUGUCAGCAGGAGAAAAUGAAAAGCAAUGAAUGCAAUUUCAUGAGUCUGGAAGUACCCAAGUUGUCGUGCUGUACUUUGACUACUUAUCAUUGGAUGAGGCCAAGACAGUUCAGGCACCUUAACUACUACAGCGGACUGUAGUGAUUAUGGUUGUGAUCCAUUUAUCCUAGCUGUCUACUGGUCACUAAGCGCUGAUCCAACAACUGUUCACUCUGUAGUCAUUAUGAUGCUUGCAGUGCUACUUCAAUGAGCUUACAGUCAGAUAUUCAUGCCAAUUAAUUAAAGUGAUUAAAGCAAAUUAACUGAAGUGGUUACUGUGCCUGUAUUCCGUGGGCGGUGGAUCCUGCGUCAUGAGCUGCUUAGCUUGUUCCUCGGCAGCCUAGCAUCCAGUGACAAUAUGGCAGAACGGUGGAGGGUGGGAGCUACGAGCCUAAUCAUGCCACAUUCAAUCAUACCAGGGACUGGGCCAGUGAUUGGAUGUCAGCUUCUACCAAUUUGCCACUGGAGGCUGGGUUACAAGUUGCCAGGCAGAGAGCAUCUCUACUAAACGGUAAGUAACAUAGUUAGUUACAUAGCUGAAAAGAGACUUGCGUCCAUCAAGUUCAGCCUUCCUCACAUAUGUUUUUGCUGUUGAUCCAAAAGCAGGCAAAAAACCCAGUCUGAAGCGCUUCCAAUUUUGCAACAAACUAGGAAAAAAAAUUCCUUCUUGACCAUAGAAUAAAAUAAUAAUAUAACGCAGGACCGCCCAAUUUCAGGCAAUAGAACCACCUUCAGUCUCUCUUUAAAAAAUAAAUAACAAGAUUUACAUCAAAAUCAAAGGUUUGAAAAUUGCUGGGAUGAAGCAUUUGUUUUUUGCAAAACAGCUAUGUUGGCGUAAAUUUAGUAAUUUAAUUUUCAACCCAUUACAAAUUGAUGUUCAAUAAACAAACCCUUUGAUUUAAAGAACUAUGUAACAUUUGAUAGAUCAGAGUGGAACAUGACUAAAUCAUCCAAUAUAGAAUUCUCAAAAUGAUCACAAACCCGGUUAUUCGGGAAAGUGAGUAUUGUUGGGAAUGCAAAGCGAAUUUCAGAAUUAAUGUGUCUCUGUCACCCCAAACGUCCCUUUUCCCCAUGGUUUCCUCUUCUCUUCCUCUUUCAGAAUCUGUUCUUCUUUUCUUCCUUUCUGAUCUAUUUCUCUUUAAAACGAUAAGACAAGAUUGCGACUACUUUGUCUUAUGUAGAUUAGCUACACUUGACAAUCUUGAUAAAGGGUAGAGCUACCAUGAACACUUCUGCUUUUAGAACUAGUCAUGGUGGUAGAAGUCUGUACAUGCAGCUUUUCUGAUGGUAAAGCUGUACUUCCAGAGAUAUGUGAGUUACACCCCCGGCACACGUGAUUUAGGCAGCCAGGCCGCAGUCUAAUGUUACUUAUGUGCCCGCUUAUGACAGAUAUUAGGAGAUUCUCCCUCCCUUCCUCUUUACUUCUUCGGAGCAAUCCCUACCUCCAUUGCUUGUGUUGUUUUUUACAUUUUAAUUUCCACCAGUCCUUCAUCCGUAGUCUCGCGAUAUCACCGUGCAUUUCUUUUCAGCUGGACUCCAUUGACCAUGUGCGGAAAUUAGAUCUCUGGGGAAGGAGAGGGCAGCAACAUUACGUCGCUGCCAGUAAUUAGACAAAUUAGGGAUGAGCAGUGGCAUACACACGAUCCAUGGGCACCAGUGCGAAAACUGGUCCAUGGUUACACCGCAUGAGCCGGGCCGCAACACAUGGCACCUGAUCGCAGGGGUCCGCAGGGCGGCUGAGCCCCCUGGAGUGACGGGCCCGGUCGCAGCUGCGACCCCUGUAUGUACGCCACCGGGAAUGAGGAUAUGUUGUGGCGAAGAUUACAAAAUUUGAAGUAAAAGAGGAUGAAUUUGAAGAACAUAAAUACUUAACGAGCACUGUAAGGAAUUGUAAAGGUCGUCUUUUAAACCAAAGAAACUGAACUGGAAAAAUAGUACACAUUUUUCCAGCUUGACUAGUUUGGUCUUAACUUUGAAAUUCUACGGUUACAUUAAAAUGGGAGUUCCGCCAGAAUUGCUAAGUUGAUCUUACUGGAGCUUGCUUUCCGUAAAUAACCAUAUUUCACAAGUUCUUCUUCGGAAUCUGAUGAUGACGACAUCACUUUUCUAUAGAUACUAUUUACAGGGUUGGGAAUCUCCUUACCAGGAAGAAGGCCCUCUCCUUUAUAAUAAAGACCCUACACAAAGCCCACACUAGUCAUCCCAGUUACCCAGAAUAAUUUUUUACCACUACAGAGGCUUCCUAAACUGCCAAUCUGUAAGAGGUGCUUGGAUUGAGUAAUUCCUCUCAUCUGCGACUCAUAUACAGUAUAUGUAUUUUUAUAUGACAGUAUGUAGUCUAUAGUAGAGCAACGUGAUGGAGAUCUUCUGCCAACUGCACACUGUGCCACGUGGUAACACACACGUCAUCAGCACACAGGGAGGCAGAAGAGAAAUGGCAUUCUGUGCCAACAACCCUUGCGUUAGCCAGGAAUAAUUCAGGUGUACAAUUAUUAGUCAUCGAUUGUACCAGGGCGAGGAUAUUAUUUAUUCAUAGAAUAGCUUUUAUUUGUUAUCAAAAUGCUACAGGUGCACAAUUAUUAUUCAUUUACCUAAUAGGCUACAGAUAUAAUUUUUUCGUAAAAUGCUACAGGAGUACAGGAAUUUAUUGUUACAAUGACUCAGGUGUACAGUUAUUAUUUAUUAAUAGAACGCUACAGGUGCGCAAUCAUUUAUUGAUAGAUUUAAUUACAGAUUGUAAAAGGAAUGCUACAGUCUACUGAAAAUAUGUAUUGAUAGAAUGUUAAAGUGGUAACAAUGUUAUUUUGUUGAUUGAACAGGUGUACAUAUAAUUAUUUUUAGACUAUUACAGGAGUACAGAUGUGUUUUCAUUGUGACAGGUGUAGAGGCAGUAUUUAUUCAUGGAAUGUAAGGUAGUGAUAUUAUUUAAUGUAGUACAGCACUCUCACACACAGCACUCUCACACACAUCAUACACAGCAAUCUCACACACACACACCACACUCAGAACUCUCACACACAUCACACUCAGCACUCUCACACACAGCACUCUCACACUCAGCACUCUCACACACAUCACACGCAGCACUCUCACACACAACCGCUUACAGUGCGUGGGGCGGUAGAACUAGCGAAGAAAUAUGCUAACGCAUGGAAGAUUAAUAUUGUGAGUCGCUAUUACUCUUCCAUUCAUUUGGAGCUGACUUGUGAAAAUAACUUAAAAUAUGAUAAAGUGACUAAUAUAUAAAAUGAGUAAUAUGCAAAAAUGUGUAAAAAAAGAAUGUGUAAAAUGUUGGGUACUGUGCCUUUAAGAGCUGCAAAACAAAACAGAAGUGAAGGUAUAAAUGCUAGGUGACAUAUAAUUGCAGUGAAUAUGUGCCAAACUAAAAACGAAAAGACGUGCCCAUAAAAAUGUAUGGAGACAGUAUGUGUCAAAAAGAUGAAGGAAAAAAAUAUAUAUAUAUCUAUAUAAUAUAUAUGGUGUGUCACCUAGCAUUUAUACCUUCACUUCUGUUUUGUUUUGCAGCUCUUAAAGGCACAGUACCCAACAUUUUACACAUUCUUUUUUUACACAUUUUUGCAUAUCACUCAUUUUAUAUAUUAGUCACUUUAUCAGAUUUUAAGUUACUUUCACAAGUCAGCUCCUGGUAUCCAUGCACUAUCCCCUAGAGUGCUCUUCUUGUUAUUAGUUAUAGGUUUUUGUGAAUCCCUAUUAUUUCCAGUCUGAGCGACUUAGUGCCAGUUGAACUCCCUCUCCUCUGUGCACACAAUAGGUGUACCAGAACUUUUUAUCCCGUAUAAAUGUUGUGUGUUGGGGGGAUAAAUAAACAAAUAAAAAACUAAGGGGGGGUAAAUAAACAAUAAAAAAACUAAGCAGGCAUUAAAUCCCCCUCUCCCUUCUUACCUUUAGCCUAGGAGGGGUGGGACAGGCACGUGGCGCCUGGGAGGGGAGGGACCGGCACUCGCACACCAUCCCUGGUGGUCCAGCUUGACUAGUUUGGUGGGCCUUUACCAUUUGCUCAAUGUCAUGGGACCCAUUGUGUGCACCUACAUGGCACACUCCUCUACAGGCCCGGACUGGCCAUCGGGCACACCGGGCAAAUGGGGCUAGAGUUCACUCUCGCGAGAUCGGGGCGUUGCCAUGGCAACGCUCCCGAUCUCGCGAGAGGAACCUGGCGGAGCUGCAAGAUAGAGCUCCGCCGGGUCCUCUCCCUCCCUCCCCAGCCGCAGUUCUAUUUAAAUGGGCCGGUGAGGGAGAUCUUUGAUCUCCCCACUGGCCCUCCAUGGAAUACAGCGGGGCCGGCGCUCGGAUAGUGCCGGCCCUGCAUAGACUGGCAGGGGAUGUCUUGUGACCUCCCCUGCUGGCCUCGGCCCAUGGCCACCGUGGCCCACCGGGCAUUUGCCCGGUGUGCCUGAUGGCCAGUCCGGGCCUGUAGAGGAGUGUGCCAUGUAGGUGCACACAAUGGGUCCCAUGACAUUGAGCAAAUGGUAAAGGCCCACUUUAACAGUUCCCCAUCCUUCACAUACUGAGGAAAAGUAAAUAGAUCCCUGAUUGCGUAUCUUUUUGGGAGCCAAGGCAUUGACAGUUCUCUCAGCAUUAUGACCUCCAGUGAUUUGACGUGGUCAUAGUGGCUGGAGUCUGUAUGUGGAGCGUUUUAACAUGAUGGUUUUUUAACACCACUCAUAACUCCCCCCCCCCAUGGCAGAUUUAUUGGAGUAUCAUCAUCCACCCCAGAACUAGAGUGAAAAAAGCUGGAAGCUGAUCACCACACCACUUUUUAUAAACUGCAAUAAUUACCUUGCAGUGUUAAGUCCUCCUCUAGUUUCUGUCUACCAGACAGCCACUAGAGGGAUUUCCGGGUUCUUAGACAACUUUUGGUCAUCUAAACGACGCUGGACGUCCUCCCGCUAUGCAGCGCUUCCGUAAUCCCCAAUAAUGCUUUCCUAUGGGGAGGUCUAAUGUCUGCACAUGCGAAUUAGGUCUCCCCAGUCGGAAGGGGAGGAGUUUGGGCGGAGCCUGACCUAGAGGUGAGAGACAUCGGCGCUGGAUUCAGGACACUAGUGAAUCCCUUUAAGUAAAUGGAGUAUGCACGCAAAACCAAUAUCAACAUAAUGCAACAAGCAAUAUUAGAUUGAGAUCCAAUAUGUUAUGAUAAAUUACAUUGUAAAGGUGUUUAGUGAUUGAAUAUUGGAGUUGCUAUUUAUUGACCGCAUAUUUAGGUGCACAUAUAUUGUUCAUUGAUCUAUUAUUAGUAAAUUAUUACAGAUCCAUAUUUAAAGAUUCACUUUUCAAAAUGUUUUCUUUAUUUAUUUUCUCAUUAGGAUAUUAAAGAAGUACAAGGCUAUGUUUUAAUAGCUUAUAAUUUGCUGAAUUACUUGCCUUUGGAGAACCUGCGUAUUAUUCGAGGCACGCAGCUAUAUGAAGACCUUUAUGCACUUGUUGUAAUUUACAACUCGGACGAUGAAGGGAAAUCUGGAUUACAAGAACUGCGUUUCAGGAGUCUGACGGGUGAGAAUAUUGUUUGUUUGUCUGGGAGAAGGCAUGAUGUGUAAUGACACUCUGAUGUGGAAACCAUUAAUCAUUUUUAAAGGGACACUAUAGGCAUCCAAACAACUUUGGCUUGAUUAACAAGUUAUUGCGUAUAGAUUAUGCCCCUGCAGGUUCAGUGCUCAAUUCUCUGCCUUUUAGGAGUUAAAUAUCUUUUGUUUCUGUUUAUGGAGCCCUAGCCACACCUCCCCUGGCUGUGACUGACAAAGCCUGCAUGAAAAAAAAAACUGGUUUCGCUUUCAAACAGAUGUUAACGUGCUUUAGAUAUUUAUCUCCUGCUCUGUAAAAUGAACUUUAAUCAAACACAGGAGGCUCCUGCAGGGUCUAGGAGGCUAUUAAUAGAGAUACAAAAUUCUAAAUUAAACAGAAUGUGAAUAAAGAAAGUUUAAAGAUUAAAUCUCUCUUUACAGGAAGUCUUUGGAAAGGCUGUGCAAGUCACAUACAGAGAGGUGUGACUAGGGCUGUAUAAACAAAGUGAUUUCACUCCUAAAUGGCAGAGAAUUGAACAGUGAGACUCCAUUGGCAUGAUCUAUAUACCAACACCACUCCAUUAAGCUAAAAGUCUUUUGGUGCCUAUGGAUUAGAAUAAAGGGCUUUGUCUGUGAAUGACUUGCCCAUAAUUAAGGGAUUUAUUUUUAUUGUUCCAAUCCAGUUGCUGCUGUGUUUAGAAAUAAUAUCAGCUCCCCCCCUUUACUUAAAAUUGGUCUUCAAUAUGUUACUCUUAAAGGAAAACUUAAUGGGACACUAUAGGCAUCCAGACAGCUCGAUCUCAAGCAAAAUCCAUAUAAAUAAAACGUGAUUCCAUUCUUUCUUAUGGGAAAGGCCUAAUGCUCGUGCGGCGCUUGCCGCACAUGCGCAUUAGGUCUUCCCACCGUCUGACUUCGUGGACUUUGUAUUUUUAACACUAAAGUGUUCCUUUAACUAAUGACUCAUAAUUAGCAUAAUGUGCGAUUUGAAACUGCAAGAAAUAGUGCCACGCAUUCAAAAUGAUUUAAUAUUUUUGGAUGAAAUUAGAAAAAAAAAUUCCUACAAAAUACAUCAUAAAAAUAUCAAUAUGUAGAAAAAAAUGUAAAUAAUAAAACAUUUUAAUAUUUUUCAUAAUGUAAAAUUUAAAAAAAAAACUAUCCAAAAAAUACUAAAUCAUUUGGAAAGCUUAUCCAACAAUAUUAAAAAAACUUACACUUUUUGCCAUGAUUUUGGCUCCAUUGAGCUUUUCCCAGAUUUGGAGCUGCAUUCCCCUCCUGUUCCAGAUUAUUUUUUAAUAAAAAUAUACAAAAAAAAAUAAUGCAAACAGGGUCUCAGCUACAUACUAGGUAAAUAGCAUUCAUGAGGGGUAUUGAAAUAAUGCAGUUCAAUUGCACAUACAAAAAAUCCUGCAACAUUUCAGUGAGAUCAGUGUAUAUAGUAGUGUGUAGCCGUAUUAGUUGGGACGUGAUUGUGCAUGUGUUGGGGGGAGGUUUGUGCGUAUACAGGUUUACUGGGAGGUUAGUAUGUGUAUUUGUGUUAAUUAGAAAGACAAUGUGUGCAUAUGAGUGUAAGGAUUAAUUAGAAUAUUUGUAUAUCUAUGUUUUAUUGUGUAUAUUUGUUUGAUGAAGUUGGUAAAUCCAUCAGCAUAUAUAAUUUGUUACGUCAGAGUAUGUAUAAAUUUGUUGGGUGUUGAGUGUGUAAAUGUGUUAGAUGGUAGGAAUGAGUGUAUACUUCUUAGCUGGUAUGUAUAUGCAUGUUGGUAUGUGUACUUUAGUUGAGAGGUUUAUAGUUGUAUGUGCUAUUUGGGAUAUCAUGAGCUGGAAGAUUAACAUAUACGUGUUUUAUAUGAAGUUGCGGGCAUACAUUACAUGGUUUAUAAAGGCCACAGUGUGUGCAUGAGGUCAGAUUUCUAUGUAUAAAACAGCUGACAUAAAGGAAUUUAAUGUCACGUCACAUUGCUUAUAACAGAUGUACUUACUUUGUCUACUGCGAGAUUUAUAUUGUGGAAUCAGAUUUUAGCAGAUGUUAAACAUGGAUGAAUAUAUAUAUAUAUAUAUUUUAUUUCUAGGUCCACUGGAGCCAGAUAAUAAGGAGGGAGGCUUUAAAUGUUAUGCAUAACCUAUUAUUGAUUACUGUUAUGAGAGAUAAACAGUCAGUUAGCUAAUUUCAUUACCAGGGCAUUUAAAGGGAUCCUAUAGUUCCAAAAAUAAACAUUUUUAUUCCGGUAUUAUAGGUUCACUUCUGUCCAAACCCGCCCUUUGUGCUUCAGAGAAGGGCUACUAAACUGGUUCAUGGAUUGCAGGAUAAAACUUACAAGGAAAGGUUAAAGGAACCAAACACGUAUAGCUUGGAGGAAAGACGAGACACAGGGAUAUGAUAGAAACAAAAGGAGACUAUAUUUAACCCCUUAAGGACCGAGGACGGUUCAGGACCGUCAUCGGCAUUUUUGCGUUGCCGACCGAUGACGGUCCUGAACCGUCCUAACGGUCAGAGCUACUUACCUGAUCGCCGUCGUUCCCCCGGCGGCGAUCAGCGUGGCUCCGGUUGUGGGGAGACUGUCUGCAGCCCAGACAGUCUCCCCACGGCAGAUUAGGACCCCUGUGGCCAUGUGAUCGCUUAACACAGCGAUCACAUGGUCACAAUAGGUGUCCAUGUGUCUGCCUGCAGGGGGACUGCCUGUGCUGACAGGCAGUCUCCCUGCUAGUGUAAAAUCAUUUAAAAAAAUAAAGUUAAUGUUAAUUAAAAAAAAAAAUAAUAAUUAUAUAUGUGUAUAUAUGAUAUAUAGACAUAUAUUAUAUCUAUAUAAUAUAUGUCUAUAUAUCAUAUAUAUAAUGUCAUACUAAGUGUAUUUUUAUAUUAAUAUGUACUUAUAUUAAUAUAAAAAUACACUUAUAAUUAAAUUACACACGUAUAUAUAUAAUAUAUAUAAUAACUAUAUAUAUUGUAUAUAUAUAUAUUAUAAAAUAUAAAUAAUAAGUAAUUUAAAUUAAAUAAAAAAUUUUUAAAUAAUAAUAAAAAUUUUAAAAAAAAUUAUAUAGCUAUAUGAAAUUUUAUUCUAACUGUAUUUUAAAAUUAAUAUAUAUAUAUUUAUAUCAAAAUACACUUAGAAUGAAUUUGUAUAUAUAUCUAUGUAUAUAAAAAUAAAUAAAAAUAAUAAGAAAUAUACAUACGUCCAUAUACAAAAUUACAUAAAUAAUUAUAUAAAUAUACACGUAGACUUCAAAUAUAUAAAUAUGCAUAUAUAUUUAAAUUCUACGUGCGUAUUUAUGUAAUAUUUUUACAUAAUUCAGUAAUUUUAUUGAUUGCAAUUUGAGGGACCUGCCUGCCAACCCAGGCCGAAAUUCCAGAGAAUUUAAUUUGCUAGCACUAUAUUUUACCCUGUAACGUUCUACGACACCCUAAAACCUGUACAUGGGGGGUACUGUUUUACUCGGGAGACUUCGCUGAACACAAAUACUAGUGAUUCAAAACAGUAAAACAUAUCACAGCGAUGAUAUUGUCAGUGAAAGUUACUUUUUUUGCAUUUUUCACACACAAACAGCACUUUUACUGAUGAUAUAAUUGUUGUGAUACGUUUUCCAGUUUUUAAACACUAAUAUUUGUGUUCAGCGAUGUCUCCCGAGUAAAACAGUACCCCCCAUGUACAGGUUUUAUAGCAUUUUUGAAAGUUACAAGGUCAAAUAUAUGGGUCAAAUAUUUUACAUUGAAAAUGGCCAGGUUGGUUACGUUGCCUUUGAGAGCGUAUGGUAGCCCAGGAAUGAGAAUUACCCCCAUGAUGGCAUACCAUUUGCAAAAGAAGACAACCCAAGGUAUUGCAAAUGGGGUAUGUCCAGUCUUUUUUAGUAACCACUUGGUCACAAACACUGGCCAAAAUUAGCGUUCAAUUUAGUUUUUUUACUUUUUUCACACACAAACAAAUAUGAAUGCUUACUUUGGCCAGUGUUUUCGACUAAGUGGCUACUAAAAAAGACUGGACAUACCCCAUAUUGAAUACCCUGGGUUGUCUACUUUAAAAAAAAUAUGUACAUGUGGGGUGUUAUUCAGAGAUUUAUGACAGAUAAUAGUGUUACAAUGUCACUAUUGAUAAAUUUUAAAAAUGUAUGUUUUGAAACCGCAAUAUCCUACUUGUACCUAUAGCCCUAUAACAUGCAAAAAAAAGCAAAAAAGCACGUAAACACUGGGUAUUUUUAAACUCAGGACAAAAUUUUGAAUCUAUUUAGCAGUUUUUUUCAUUCGCUUUUGUAGAUGAGUAAAAGAUUUUUCAAGUAAAAGUCAAAAAACAUGUAUUUUUUUCAAUUUUUCAUCAGAUUUUUGUAUUUUUUUUAAAUUAAAAUACAUGAGAUUAUAUAAAUAAUGGUAUGUAAAGAAAGCCCCUUUUGUCCUGAAAAAAACAAUAUAUAAUUUGUAUGGGAACAGUAAAUGAGAAAGCGGAAAAUUACAGCCAAACACAAACACCACAAAAGUGUAAAAAUAUGCCUGGUCGCAAAUGUACAACAUCGCAAAAACAGUCCAGUCCUUAAGGGGUUAAAAGAAGAAAAACUACCACAACAAGAGGACAUACUCUUAAAUUAGAGGGGCAAAGGUUUAAAAAUAAUAUCAGGAAGUAUUACUUUACUGAAAGAGUAGUGGAUGCAUAAAUAGCCUUCCAGCUGAAGUGGUAGAGGUUAACACAGUAAAGGAGUUUAAGCAUGCGUGGGAUAGGCAUAAGGCUAUCCUAACUAUAAGAUAAGGCUAGGGACUAAUGAAAGCAUUUAGAAAAUUGGGCAGACUAGAUGGGCCGAAUGGUUCUUAUCUGCCGUCACAUUCUAUGUUUCUAUGUUAAAACGAACUAAAAUAAAGACACAUCGUUGGCAUUGUCGGGACUCCUCUGCUGCAGCCUCCCGCUCGGCUUUCCUAGAUGUCAACAUGCCUAGUAACAUCUUUGCGAUCUUCCUCCAAAUCCAUUGCUUCUCUGUGAUUGGAUGCGCACAUGCAAGGCCAAAUGCCGUGCUCCUCCAAUCAAAUGCUGAGGUGGAUUUAGCCAGGCAAUGUAAACAUUGGUUUCUGAAAAACUGCAAUGUUUUACAGCUGGGUUAAAAUUAUAAAACCACUUCACCCAUUACCAUUACAGUAACCCAGACAACUGUAUUAAGAUGAAGUGGUCUGGGUUACUCUAAUGUCCCUUUAAUAUUUGUCGAUAUAUAUCAAACCAACCCUUUAGGCAACCAUUUACUUAUGUGAAAACCCUAAAUAAAAAUAAUGUAAAAAGUGGGUUGCAGAAAUUACAUGUAAUGUGACCUGCAACAUAGACAUCCUCCUAAGACUAGUUUGUGAAUUCUAUUUCAGUUUUGUGAAAAAGCAGAGAUACCACGCAGAGAUGUGUCAUAUGUCCCUCCGUGAAGCCAUUUCUGGCCAGCCAUACUUAGCUGUUCUGCUGUUAGACUUGGCACUGGGUUAAGUUCUGUAGUAAACUGUAGAAAAAACAGAGAAACACAGCUGAUAUAAUGCGAGGAAUUUAUUAGAAUGCCAUCAACUACAAGUAAUGUGGCAUUUCAGAUAUGAGGUAAUGUAAUGUAAUGUAGUGUAAUUAUGUCUUACAAAAUGCCUACAUUUAAUAGAAUACUAUAGUAUCCCACUGCCCACACAGUCCCUCCGGCAAUGUAAGGGGUUAAAUAACCCUUUAAACACUUAAGGACACAUGACAUGUGUGACAUGUCAUGAUUCCCUUUUAUUCCAGAAGUUUGGUCCUUAAGGGGUUAAACACUUACCUCGGCGCUGGGUCGUACUUCUUCUCAUCUUAUGUCAGCCGAUGGGGAACAUAAUGCACAUGUGCAGAGAGUGCUCCGCGCAUUAGGCCUUCCCCAUAGGAAAGCCUAGUGGCAGCACACCUAGAAAUAGGGCUCCCUCACAGGCCCUACAACAGAAAUGGUACAAACAAAUAGGGGAGAAGUUAGUGCCACUAAAAAACAAAUAAGUAAUAAAUAAAAAGCUUACAACAGGCUAAAAUUAACAGAGAAUAUAGGAAUAGACACUUUUGAGUUAAAAACCCUUUACUUACCUGAUCCCACCACCGGUGUCCCUCGGUGCUAGGUCACAGCUCCUCCUCCUUCCGACAUCACUCCACGAGGUGGCGAUGAUGUGCAUGCGCAGCGAGUGUCGCCAGUGCGUUAGUCCUCCCCAUAGGAAAGCAGUGAAUCAAUGCUUUCCUAUGAGGUAAUAGCUGACACUAGAUGUUCUCAUGCAGAUUGUAAGGACCUCCAGCAUCCGUUACUGGACCAAAAGUCGGUUAGUCUAGUAGACAGCCACUGGAGACAGACUAAGUGCUUCAAUGAGCUGAAGUGUUCUGGAUGCCUAUAGUUUCCCUUUAAGGGAACAAGGACAGUGCAGCCAAACCAUUUCAAUGAGAUGAAGUGACCUGGGUGCCUGUAGUGUCACUGUAAACAGAAAUACUAACAGAGCUAUAUGACUACAAUGCAGUUUUGUGACUUUAUUAAAUUUACAUAAUUACAUAAGUAGGCAAAGAUAUCCAGCGGUGUUCAACCAAUAUGUAAAUCAACAUGCAAUGUACAACAUGCGUAGCACAAACUUAGUUGCAAAAUGAAAUUCGUAGGAAAAACAUUGACACGCUCAAACAUAGAAAGCAUAGUGGAAUAACGCAAUUUUAAUACGUAAGCCGUCAUGUAGAAAAAUAAUUUUUUCAAUAAAGAUAGCAGAUUACAAAUACUAUAUUGAUAUAACUCUGAUUUAGUAAGAAACAAUUAUAACUAAUAAUGACUCACGGCAAAUCACUGAGACCGAUGACCUUCUUAUAAAUGCCGGUAUUGGCUGUGCUUUUCUACAGCUUAGUAUCUGAUCGCGAUUCACAGUUCCCUUGAGUGAAGGUCCUGCUGUGUCUGGUGACAGUUUGUCCUGAGUGCGAUUUAUUACGUUUUGUAAUAUUGAUGGUAAUGUCUGUUUUUCUCUGCAGAAAUUCUAAAAGGAGGAGUCAAGAUAGCGAAUAAUAGCCAACUGUGCUUCCAACAGUCAAUCAAAUGGAACGACAUCUUGAGCCAGUACAACGCCAUGCGUGGAGACAUCUUCCUGACACCAGGGAGCCGGCAAUGUAAGAAAGCCAUUUCUGGAGUUAGUUCUGUGAGAUUUGGGUCUCUUCACAUAGAAGUGAUAGACAGAGUUAUUUACUUAAAGGAUCACUAUAGGGUCAGGAACAGAAACAUGUAUUAGUGUUAAAACCACCAUCUAGCCCCCCUGGGCCCCUCAUGCCUCCAAAAAAAUAUUGCAAAAUCUUACUGUAUUCAAGCCUGAAGCUGUAACUCUGCAUGCUGUUAGACUCAGAAAAACAAGCUGUCUGCUGACAUCAUCAGAAGUGGUAGCCUGAUCCAAUCACAAUGCUUCCCCAUAGGAUUGGCUGAGACUGACAAAGAGCCAGCACAAUUCAAACACAGACCUGGCCAAUCAGCAUCUCCUCAUAGAGAUUAAUUGAAUCAAUUAAUCUCUCUGAGGAAAGUUCAGUGUCUGCAUGCAGAGGGUGGAGACACUGAAUGUUUGGAUGCAUUUUAGGCAGCCAUGACUCAGGAACGAUCUCAAACAGCUAUCUGAGGAGUGGCCAGUGAAGUCAUCACUAGGCUGUAAUGUAAACACUGCAUUUUCUCUGAAAAGACAGUGUUAACUGCAAAAAGCCUGAAGGUAAUGAUUCUACUCACCAGAACAAAUUCAAUAAGCUGUAGUUGUUCUGGUGACUAUAGUGUCCCUUUAAGUGAGAAUUUAAAGUGAAUUUUAAAUGUAAAGCCAAAGUAGCCAAGCUAGAAUCAUAUCUGAUGCUUUGAUAAUGUUUCUCGUUUGGGUAUUUUAACUUUAAUUUGAAAUUCACUUUGAAUUCUCAUUUUAGUAAAUACCUUGAGAGAGAUAAAAUUGGAGAACUUUGCCAGUAGUUGCACUAAAGACAUAAAUUGUCAUAUAUGACAUUUCUUUCUAACACACAUUCCAUAGGUUGUUGUAAAUAAACGUGAAACCAUAAAUCUGGUUGCACUGAGAUGUUCAAUUCAUUUUAUUUGAACAGAACCUGUUUGUUGAAACAGGCCCAUAGCCAGCCAUCAGCACAUUUAUUAUUUGCCUCAAGGAAAGAUUAGACAAUUUUAAUAGAACAUUGUCACAAUUAUAUGGUUACGUAGCUACACACCAACAAAUACUCGGGACAAUUUGGUGUGUGACUGAUUAUACGAAACCUGUGUUCAGAUAGAGGGGGCAGAUGAGCCAAGAAAUUAUGUAUGUACGAUUUGUUCAAAGGCAAACGAAACAGAACUUCAACUACCACAAUACUUUGCCAGCCUUAAAGCAUCAUGGGACCUGUAGUUCUGCAACAGCUGUGGAUCUACCUUAUGGGCAUAUUUGUAUAGACAUUGUUCACUGUGGCGCUAUCUCUCACAAUCAUAUCCCUGUGUUUAUCUUUGUUUUUGGUACAAAAAUAUUACAAACACAUUUGGUGGGAAAUAUUUUGUUUUAUUUUGUUUAUAAAAUGUCUCCAGAUCCAUUUUAUCUUUUUAUGUGAACACUGCAAAAUAAACAACCAAAAAAAAAAUCUAUAGACUGGUGACUGCUACUGUCUUUUGUGUCAUUAAAGGUCCUGCUUGUUCUCCUGCUUGUGCUUCAUUAUCAACCGGGAAUGCGGAGGCCUGUUGGGGAGAGGGACCGGAAUACUGUCAGAUCUGUGAGUAUCUGUGUUAUAUUGUUUUGAGACCAUGGUUUGAGGUGGAGUAUGGUGGGGAUGAGAAAAGGCACGAUGAAUUAUCUUCUAUUUUGAAUAAAAAUGUAUCUCUCUAAAAUGUGAUCACAACGUUUAAUCUCUGCUUUUUGUCAGUAACCAGCACUAUAUGUGACAGCGGAUGCCAGAGGUGCAAAGGAGAACACUCCACCCAUUGCUGUCACGAGCAAUGUGCAGCCGGUUGUACUGGACCUAAGAACUCAGACUGUCUGGUGAGAAAAUGUGGAUGUGGACUUUUACCCCAUCUGACUUGCGCCACUGACCCUAAUGACUCUUGUCUGUCACUUUACAAAUUUCAGGCUGUUUUUUUUAUUUAUAAAGCUAUGGCAAACUGUCAGCUUUGUACAAUACCAUAAAGUUAAAAACAGUUUGAGAUGUGAUUAACAUUUUGUAGGAUAAACGGUAGCAAGAGCUGUGAUUGAUACGUUCCAGUGGGAGUUAGGAAAGAAAUUUACUUAUGUGUGGCUUAAAGGGAAUUUGGAUACAUCGCCAUAACAAGCUGGGUUGGAAAUUCUAAUUGCUGGGAGAGCCCAACAAGAAGUUUUGAAAAUCAGAGUUGGACAAGAUGUUUUGGUAGAUUAAGAGAGUAAUAAAAUGUAUGGACCUUUGGAUGAUAUGUUCAAGGGACCCUUACUUAAAGCCAACUUUUCUUAAUAACAUGAUAUUUUGUAAUUAUUUUCUGUUGGUCAUUGAGUCCACUUAUGGGAAGAACUUAAUGUCUUAUAGUCAUCUUCUGUUAUUGCAAUGAGUAAAGACUUACAAAGUCAUUUAUUUAAUCUAUGAAAGAAGUAAGAUGAGUAUUAAAACUGUAAAGAUAUUCAUAUCUAUGUAACUUUGCUUAAAACAUAUUUAGCUUAAUAAAGCUGUUUUUUGUGUAUAGAUCACAUUGUUUGUUUCAUUGAGUUAUUUUCUUCUCACAGGCCUGCCGUAACUUUAACCAUACGGGAGUGUGUGAAUUGCACUGUCCUUCUCUCAUCAUAUACAAUUCAGAGACCUACGAAGCAGUCCCCAACAAGGAUGGGCGUUAUAUUUUUGGGACAAGCUGUGUUACUACAUGUCCAUGUAAGAGAUUUUACACUUUUCACACACAAACACUGUAUUACUGUAAAUUUCCAUUGACGCUUUUGUCAAUUACGUGAAAGAAAGUCUUUUUACAGAAUUUUGACCUAUCACAUAUAAUUGCACGCUUAUCCACAAGACCGUAAAUGAAAAAAAAAGUCCACCACAGAUGUCAUCUACACAUUGUGUUAGCCAGGGACCUUCUCAUUCCCCCGCCCCACUCUUAAUUAAAUUCAUCUCCUUCUGUGUUUACUCUCUGGUGGUGGGGAGACAUAGAAGACCCAACUGGUCUCGUGGGAUAAGUUGAUGUCCAUAUCCAUGGUGGCACAAACUCUCCUUGGGAACAAGAAGGGAUUAGGUGCCUUAAUGCACUACCACUUGGUAUUUGUAACACAACAUGCAAGUGAUAUUUUGAUCCUAAACUAGUACAAGAUUUGUGAUGGGUGACUUGUGUGGUGGUAACACCAACCACACAAGAACCAUCAAGUCAUCUCUGGUAAUUAGAAGAGAUAUCAGAGAUCAAACAAGACUUAUCCUCUAGUUUUUCCUAUGUGCAGAUUGAACUGAAAUAGAGAAAACAUUUGCACAAACAGAAAUUAUAGUUUUUAUUUUCUGGUCUGCAGUUAUUUUUCGAGUAUCUUUUAUUAAAUGUCAGCAUUCUGAUUUGUUUGUAAAUGUCAAUGCCUACGCAUUUUGUGAUGGCAUGUGGUUAAUGCAUAAACGCUUUUAAUCUUUGUAUUCUUCUAACCAGAUAACUAUCUUGCUACGGAGGUUGGUUCCUGCACACUGGUGUGCCCUCAAGAUAACCAGGAGGUGAUGGUGGGAAAUGUACAAAAAUGUGAAAAGUGCAACAAACAGUGCAAUAAAGGUAAAAGCUAGUCUUUGGACUAUGAGAGGGUAAAAUGCAUAGGGGGAUGAAAACUUAUAAUUUUUUUUGGGAUUGAACAAGGAGGACACGAUGAACCAGUUUUAUCUUCUGAUAUGGUGGUCCUAUCUGCUCUUCUAUGUAUGUGUGAUGUUAUAUAGGUUCUGAAGUGAUGAAGGGGUUUUACUAACUGUCUGUCUCCAACAGUGUGCUAUGGACUUGGAAUGGACUUUUUGAAAACUGCCCAGGCUGUCACUUCUCAAAACAUCCAUCACUUUCAAGGAUGCACCAAGAUCUUUGGGAACCUGGUUUUCCUUCCGGAAUCCUUCCAUGGGUGAGAUGUCCUCCCUCCGCUAUAGAUUCUUACCUCCUAAAAUUAGUCCAUGAACAGUUCUAUUUACUACUUAACACUUCAAACGUUAAGGGGUGUUACGUUUUGAUUUGGACCCAUCUUGCCAUGUUUACUGUAUGUAAUGAUCCAUGGACAAUAUCAAUGAAUAUUAAUUUCACAUUGGGAGUCAAUUAUUUCCAGUGGCCGGUGCUGGUAACUAGCAGAUUCCACAAAAGGAUUCCAAAAGCACUCCUGGGGCUUCUCACCUCAAAGUUUUAUGUUAUCAAGAUCAACGUUUUGGUUUAGAAUCAUAAACUUUUAUCAGGACAACCACAAAGUAAAAAACACACAUCUAUAUACACACAAACCAUAAAACAAAGUACUCACCCCACCAAAGCUCAUCAUCAGUGCUGUUUAGAGGUGUGAUCAAACCGAGGGUAUGGGUAGCUUGUGUCCCAACAAGACCGCCACCAUCUGGCCCUGGUUACACUGGUUGUUGAGGUAAUCGGUACGCUCCAGGGACGAAUCCCUGUGUAAUAACAAAAACAAAUUGAAUAAAGAUUUGCCUUACUCUGGACUCGCCAGCUACAAAAAUAUAAUAUAUGUACUGCAUGUAACAGUAUAAUAUUUUGUAGCCGGUGAAUCUGGGUUGAAACAAAUCUUUAUUCAAUUUGAGCAUACAGAUUGGGGAUAUAGAAAUGGGAGGGCUUUCCUCAGUGUGGGAGGGACACGCAAUCUUCCCCAUGUUAGCGCUCUGCCUGAAAGGGAGAAGCAGGUACGUUUGUCGGCAGCGUGCAGUGCGCACUGACGAAAUAUGUAUUUUAUGCACAGAAUUUACAUUAGGCAGUCCGGAACAGAGUCAUGUGUGCUGAACACAAGUGCCAAUAACUCUUUAUAUGUAGUGUGUCAAGCAGAAACACUGCACAUCCAGACUCCUACUACCAUGACCACAUUAAAAAAGCAAAAGUGGUCAUGGUGGUUGGAAUAACCCUUUAAACAAAUUUUAUACUUUACAUUACACUAUACUUAUUAAUAAUUUUAUUUAAACAUUACCUAUCUACCCCUUCAAAGUGUUCUUUUCCAGCCAUGAACACCAGAUCAAUAAUUUUAAUUUAACAAAUUUGAUGCAAAAGAGAACAAACACAUCUUGUCCAACCCUUGAGUACCAGGGACCAGUACAGCUAUUCUUCAUUCUAAGGUCUUUUCGUCAAACAGUGUGUGGUCAGGGGAACAUAGACAAUUAAGAAACCCCGAUCAUUCGGUCUGCAUUGGCUGCGGUAUGCAAAUAUAUAUUAAAUGCAAAUCGUUUAGCUUGAACAUCUCUCAAAAGAUGGCACUCAAUCACGUAGCAGUCAGAUUACAGUGUUCAGAUUGCCCUGGUCUGGGCUGAGUCUGAGAACCCAUCAUCUGGACAGGAGCCUUUCUCGUUAAAAUAUUUGCGGCAUGCGUGAAAUGAUGAGAGAGUGGGCUGAUAUCAUAAAAGUUAAGGUAAUAGGAGCAUAAAUCUGAAAUGGGAAAGCGCUUCUGCUACAUUGCAAAGACGUGCAGUAUCAUUCAUUCAUUUCGCCAUGCAUGUAACAAUCUAAAUUAAUUUACGUAGAAAAUAUUAUGAAAUAACAAAUAAGGUAUUAUCAGUGUUUGUAACAGAGUUGGAGAAAUCAGCUAUUUAAAGGGACACUUUAUUCACCAAAACAAGUUUAGCUUAAUGAAGCAGUUUUGGAGUAUUGAUUAUGCCUCUGAAGUUUCACUGCUCAAUUCACUUUCAUUUUGGAGUUAAAUCACUUUUGUUUCUGUUUAUGCAGCCCUAGCCACACCUCCCCUGGCUGUGAUUCUCACAGCCUGCAUGAAUAAAAAUGGUUUCAUUUUCAAUCAGAUGUAACUUACUUUUAAAGUUUUUAUCUCCUGCUCUGUAAAUUUAACUUUCAUCACACACAGGAUGCUCCUGCAAGGUGUAGCAAGUUAUUAUCCAUGCAGGAGAUACAAAUGUUUUAAUUAAACAGAAUUUGCAAUAAAGGAAGUAUAAACAUUAGACCACUUUUUACAGGAAGUGUUUAUGGAAGGCUGUGCAAGUCACAUGCAGGGAUGUGUGACUAGGGCACAUAAACAAAGUGAUUUAAUUCCUAAAUGGCAGUGAAUUAAGCAUAGAGACUGCAGGGACAUGAUCCAUACACCAAAACUGAUUCAUUAAGCUAAAGUUGUUUUGGUGACUACAGUGUCCCUUUAAGCUUUGAAGCUGGCAUUUGAAUUCCAAUUCUCUACAACUUGGGUGAACAGUCCUUAAAAUCAGUCAGGUUCUGACAUGUCAAAUACCCCCAAAAUGGCCUUAUUUAAAAUUAAACAAGAACUGCGACUUCUCUGAAAAUGACAGGAUUGAAUAAAAAACUGAAAAUCGCCUAUAAUUUGUGUUAACCUCUUUCAUGUCAUCCUUACUCUCUUUUAACAUGUAUAUUAAAAAUGUAGCAAAUAACAUCACAUCUAAAAAAAGCUCAGGCAUAGCCAGGGCACACAAUGCAAAUGAGGAGGAGUACAGAAACAUUGUUUCAGGUUUCACCUAUUCCACUAACUAUGGUCUAUUGCAGAAAAGAAACACAUUGAUAAUGACUGACAGGGAGCCAAAGUGAGGACACUCAGUUCUAGGAUAAUGGUAAAUCCAGCCAUGUGGAUUUCUACAUUCAAUUUUAAUUUUUAGACAUCACAAAAACAUAUUUGCUAAAUAUAGGAAAAAAACAUAAAUCUGAAAAAUCACGCAAAGUGACAUUUUUUUCCUUUAAAAUUUAAAUUUCUCUUGCUAUGCUUACUGCUCCGUUUCUAUUUAUGAAACAAUGGUGAUAUCACUGUUGGAACGCAACUCUCCUUACUCUCAGCUCAGAGAUGUUUCUGAUUACAGUGCAGAUGCACACUUACACACCUCCUGUGGACACAGCAUUCCUCUGUUUAGAUUUGAAACUCUGUCUACCAUUGUCUAUUUUUAUACCAUUUCAUUGUGCUCUUUAUGACUCGUAUGUUUUCCUCUAUUAAGCAUUUAAUAAUAUUGCAGGGAUCCAGCUUCCGGGAUUUCGGCAUUAACCCUUGAGAAUCUACAAGUCUUCAGGACUCUAGAAGAAAUAACAGGUACUAUUCUUAUGGCAUGUUAUUAUUAUUAGCAUCAUUUAUAUAUUGCAAACAUAUUCCGCAUCGAUUAACAAUUUAUAAGUUAUAACUCUGACAACAAUUUUUUCCUACAUUUUUCACAUUGUAGCAGGGUGUUGGCAGUUAAUACUAUACAUUAGUAUACAAACGUAAGCUCUGCGCUCAAACUUCCAGGGCUUAAUUUUGUAUGCUUGUAUUUGCUUUUGUGUUACACAGCUAUGUUACAAUGCUGCCACCCACUAUUAAGUGUUAAUAAAUGUGUAGGGGUUUAGAAAAAUACCCCUCUCUGUCUCAUUAGAGAUUUUUUAACUGAAGCUGAAAACUGCAAGAGGAAUUGGCAAUGUAGGACUCACCUAUGAGGUUUUGCCUUGACUUGGCAGGUGAGCUUACACUUAAAUGGCCAUUGGAGUGAUACUAAAAAACGUCCAGUUAUUUAAAUGUACAUAGGGAUUUAGGAUAGUGUGCGAAUAAUGUUUUUCUUUGGUUUUUACCAUACAUUAAUAUAUAUAUAUAUAUUUUGUAAGUAGGUACAGAGAAUUGUUUCUGUGUGAAAACGUCAAAUGUUUGGUAUCUGCAGAAAAAAGAGACUCUUCUCUUGUGUUAUAGGAUAUAUAUACAUUGAGUCCUGGCUGGAAGAAUUAAGCAGCCUCGGCGUCUUUGAGAAGCUGCGUGUGAUUCGGGGACGCGUGCUUCAAAAGUGAGUAAAUUUCUGCUCCCGUUUAAUUUUCAUUUAUAGGUGGAGCUAGGAUAUUAUUUUAAGUUAGAAGAAAUACGAUUAGGUUAUAUCAAAGAAGAUUUAACUUUAAAGGGACACACUACAAACAGAACAGCACUAAAGUGAGUAUGCAAAUGGAAUUUUAAAUUUCAGGUGAAAGUCAUCAAAUUUGAAGAAUACUGAACUUAGAGAACUUUUCCAACCUGGCUGUUUUGGCCUUAAAUUUCAACUUCAUUUUGAAUUGACUUUGACUUCUCAUUUUAGUGAGUAGCCCUGUUAGAUAAGUUAUUGGAUGCAUCUUGUGUUCUGGGACAGCUAUAGCAGUAAUUUGCAAAAACUUUAAAAACUAUCCACAUCUCAAUUAAAUAUAACACAGGCAAAAAAUGUGCUUGUACCGUCCUGAUAGAGGUGUAGAAAGCUAAAACGAAACUACAGUUGCCUGAGAGCCUUAUUGUUCAUUACAUUAAAAAAGUAAACCCCACUUGUUGUGUCCCUUAAAAAAAAAAAAAAAAUUCACAGCAAGUUAUGUUGGCACCAUGAAAGAUUAGAGGAAACGAGGCUUCAGAUUCUACAAAGGAAUCCACGAUUUACAGUAGUUUCAGUGAAGUUUAGAAAUUAGCUACCAAACUCAUAGUGAUUGCAGAUAAAAUGUAAGAUUAUUAGAAGAUUAGCCUUGCAUUGACUGUAGCUUUCUUGAUAUCUUAUAGUGGAGCAUAUUCUCUGGCUCUCCGCAACCUGUCUAUCUCAUCUUUUGGCUUACACUCUCUGGUGGAAAUUAGCAGUGGUCUUGUCCUUAUCGAGGGGAACUCCAACCUCUGCUUCUUGGACAGUAUUCCGUGGUCUAACAUCUUCAGGAACCAACGUCAGGCUCUUCUGGAGACAUCCAACAAACCACAGGACCUCUGCGGUAAAGGAUAAACACCUGACAAUAUUAAUUUCAUAAAAUACUACUUAUUAUGGAUGGCUUCUCAACCACUAUGUUUAUUUGUUCUGUUUGGUUGAAAUAUAUACCCGCUAUGAUCGAAACAACUGCCGUUUCUUAACAAGCUUGUCCAUCGGUUUUAACUAUUCACCCUAUAUCUUUAUAUAUUGAGCAGUUGCCUAACUUAGACGUAUGUGAGGGUCUUGGCUUUGACAUGAGUUUGAUGUAGUACAUUUGGGCAGCAUCUAACUUUGUUGUCCUAUACCCUACAGUCAAAGAAGGGUUAGUCUGCUACCAUCUUUGUGCCGAUGGACAGUGCUGGGGUCCUGGGCCCUCUCAGUGUGUCAACUGCACAAGAUAUCUUCGUGGAGAUGACUGUGUGGAAUCUUGCAAUGUCCUGGAAGGGUAAGUCGGUGCUCUUCUUGUUUGUAGCCUGGUAUAGGAGACAUGUCAUCAUUGUCUCCUUUACUCAGAUCUUUUAUUGACGUUACUGCUGUUUUGUAUCGACAGGGAGCAAAGGGAACACAUUAAUGGGAAUCGUUGUGUAUCCUGUCACCCGCAGUGCCUCCCAUUAAACGGAAAUGAAACAUGCAGUGGCCUGGUAGGUAGAGCUUGACAAUUGUAAAGUUUGUGGAGGGUUAGCAAAAAUCAACUGUUACAGAUUAUGCGCUAAUAUUUACUCUUAUUAUUUGGUUACAGAAUGCAGACCAGUGUACAGAAUGUGCUAAUUAUAAGGACGGUGAGACCUGUGUGGAUCAAUGCCCAAAUGGGGUGAAGGGAGAUUCAUUUGUACCCAUCUGGAAGUACCCAGACAAGAAUAAGGACUGUCAGUUGUGUCCUGUUAACUGUUCCCACUCGUAAGUGUUCCUUCUUGGCACCACGUAUGCUAUCUUUCCUUUGUACUGCAGUUAAUGAUGGUAAAAGGUACAUUAUUUAAUUGGUAUACCGUAUUUUUAAUUACAGUUAGAAGACACAGAUUAUUUUCUCUGUAGAUCAGAUUUGAUAAUAGGGUGAUAUCUUCAGUUUAGAUACAGAUCAUAUGUCCACUACAACAUGGAGUCUCUAUCCGUGUGAUGAAAGCACACAUGCAUAUGGGUUUUCCCUAAUAUACCCUAAUGAACACUUUUUAGUGUUUCCUGACUUAACAAACUAAAAUGGGUAGAUACGAACAAGGGGUGCUUUGAGCUCAAAUCAAAGCACCCCCUUCUUUAAAACUACCUGUUUUCGUGACUCAAGAGCAGGUUAGUUAUGACUGACUGGCUAUUUGCUGAAAGGUGUUGAGCCACAUGUUAUAUGGUUAUGGUUACAAAGUUAUGGUUGUAUGCCCGUUGAGUUUUGAUUAAACACCACGGCCAAGCCCAAUGAAAAGUAAUUAAACGUUGUCUGUGGUUAUUGCGUGUCUCGUUUUAUGUAUACAAAUAUUGCCUACCAUACAUAUAAUAGUUAAUAUGUCAGGUAACAGCUUGCUGAUCUCAUUGCCAUUUUGGAGUCAGGAAUAAAGAGGCUGCUUUACAGAGGAGCUGUCAAUUCUAGAGAAGGGACAUUUUCUUUAAUUUAAAGUAAUUUUACUUUAAUGUAGUAAAUGCCAUUGCGGUGUUUACUGGGGCGAAUAAUGCAGCAAAGAUAACAAAAACAAAAAACAAAAAACUUCUGUGUUAUUAGGUAGAGCUAAAAGUGAUAUCUCCUCUUCUAUCUAUGACUGUAUUUUAUUUUGAGGCAUGUGCUAAAGGAUUUUCUUUCAGUAGCUUAUUGAGCAAUUUAAUGGUAGUCUACUCAACCUGUAGCUACAAUAUAACUUUUUCCUUUGCUGCAGGUGCUCUCAAAUGGAUGACAAAGGGUGCCCCAUAAAUAUAAACAACAGGUAAGUGUCUCCGCAAGGACUUUUUUUUAUUGCGGUAUUGACGGUUCUGUGGUUGAAGUUUACUAGUUGCCCAUAUUUACGCUACACAACACAUCUCUCUCUCUCUCUCUUUCUCUCUCUGUAGUCAUACCUAUAUGAUUGUGGCAAUCGUGGGCAGCAUUUUCCUCCUUAUCACCAUGUCAAUAGUGAUUGUAAUGGUGUUCAGACGUCGGAAACAGCUGAAGAAGAAGCACACUAUGCGGCGCCUACUGCAGGAGAAUGAGGUGAAUAUAGAUAUUUAGGGAUGAGGUUAUGUAAGAUAUAGGUAGCAGAAAUGUGAAUAGCAUCUUGGGAACUGCUUUCAGCAUCAUUUCUGCUCCUUUUCCAGUUGGUUGAACCACUUACUCCUAGUGGGGCGCUUCCCAACCAGGCACAGAUGAGGAUACUCAAGGAGACAGAACUUAAGAAGAUGAAGGUCUUGGGAUCAGGAGCAUUUGGCACAGUGUACAAGGUAAGAAAAAGUAGGGUACCUGGUUAUUUGAUACAGUUGGUGGAGAUGUUUGCAGGAUCAGGUUUACAUUCAGGUGCUAAUUGAAAAUAGAAGGAGAUACUUUCAGGUUCCAGGUAAGUGUCAAUCUGUGCUAAAAUAGUUUGACCAAUUCCGCUGAGUGCCCUGGCACCAUGUCCUCUAGAGAAGGCUGUUGUUCCUUUAAACAGGUUUUAGCUUACAUAUGCAGAGACAACCAACGCCAUUAGCACUUCAGACUAAUCCUACUCAAAAUGUCAGUCUAGGUUUAAAAUACCCUCUGCACAAGAAAUAUAACAAGCACAGACAACUGUUUAACCUUAAUUAGGCCUCAUCAGUGAGGUGUAGUUGACAACCUUAGGCAUAAUGAGCUUGAGGUCCAUGUCUGAAUGAGUCCAUGUCUCAUCAAACACAUUCUAGCAAAAUACAAGACCAUUUUAAGUAUUUAUAUUUUUUUAUUCUAUGUUGAGUUACUUCUGUUUUCCAAGUAGAAGGUACAUGGUCAUGACCAUUGUCUAAUCUCCAUUAAAGAUGUGGGGAAGAAACCAUUUGUGUCAAUGUAGUCUUGCUUUUCAACUAGGACAAAACAGGUUGAAUCCUUAAAGUUCAAUAUGAAUCAUUAUGGGCUUUUCCAGUUUACUGAUUUAGCCUAAAAGCUACUCAGGUCAUCAGGCUUACACGUAGUUUUUUGUAGUAUCGUGUAAAUAUAUUGUUAUCUUUCUGACUUUCAGGGUAUCUGGAUCCCAGAUGGGGAGAACAUUAAAAUAUCAGUUGCCAUCAAAGUUUUGCGAGAAAACACAUCACCAAAAGCCAACAAGGAAAUUCUGGAUGUAAGACCCUACUUGGAUUGGUAGCCACAGUAUUAGUCACAUGGGGUGCAGGUUUGGAGGAUAUCUUUGCAGAAUAGUAGGUGUAUUUAAAAAUCCCAGAGUCAUUGACCAUCCUUUAAAUUUGAUCUAUGUUUAAAAUGGAGCUGUUUAAUGUGUGCCAAUCUGAAUUAAGAGAGCACACCAGUGCAUGCAGUGCUAUAAAUAAAUACAUUCCCCUUCCCCCAAAUAAAACUGUAAAUAAAGAGUUAACUUAUAUUAUAUUCAGUGGUGAGACAAUCCCUGACUGCAGCUCCACUAUGCCCACUGGGAGUUUAUCAGGUCUGAUUAUUUUAGGGAAAAUCGAAUUUUUUAGCGAAAUCUAGUACUUUUCUAUGAGAAACAGUCUCCUGAUUUGUGCCCCAGCACAAAACAACCUGGAAGAACACCCUCCUGGCUGCCUGGUUGAUAGCUGCAACCUUCUCAGUUUUUAAAUUAUCGUACGGAGUAUGGGAAAAAGUAAAAAAUGAAGGUAUCUUAUAUUAUUCAAUCCUUUGAAAAUGUAAGGAACUGCUCUUUGUCAAGCUUAUGGUCGAAACGUUGCUUUGGUUCCAAUAAAGUGCCUGUAUUGAACCAAUGAGUGCCUGGACCCCCUUCAUUUCAUUUUAUAUAUUAUUCAAUUACUUAAAUGACAGGUCAGGGUGCUAGACUUCUUUUUGAUUGCCAGCAUGAACAGAUCUGUGAAACUGAGGACUUGAACUUUUCUACAACCUAAGAUUACAGUGUAACCCGGUGGAGCUUUUACUAAUGCCUCCGUUAUUCAAAUUUCCUGAAUUCCUGAUGCUCAGUGCUCUUUUCUUGGUCUCUACUGUAGGAAGCAUAUGUGAUGGCAGGAGUAGGCAGCCCUUACGUUUGCCGUCUCUUGGGAAUCUGUCUAACGUCCACUGUUCAACUGGUCACUCAGCUUAUGCCGUAUGGAUGCUUACUGGAUUACGUGCGCGAGAACAAGGACCGCAUUGCUUCCAGAGACCUGCUCAACUGGUGUGUGCAGAUAGCCAAGGUACCGUACUGACUUUCACUAUAUCAAACAAAACAAGCUUAAUGUGCGAGAAUUAAAAUGCUUUCAAAAUAGAACAUUUAGAAUGUACUGAAACCCAUAAGUAACUUUUAAGAGUGAGUAUACAAUGAGCUGAUAGCAUAGACCUCGCAUGUUUAGUGUACUUCACAGUGUGUACGAUCAGACUGACAGUAGCAGUUUGUUUGGUGUGUGGGUGACAGUGAGUGUUGUGGAAAGUAAUCAGUAAUGGCUCUGAUGCUAAAACGUGAAUGUAAUGUGAGGCUAAAUAUGACAAGACUGGUGAGAGAUGAUUGAGGUGAAUGGAGACAAUUGCAGAUGUGAAAGGACUGCGUAUAAGUGUGUAGACAUCUACAGAUGGGAUGUGCUCCAAGAACCAGACUGUAUAAGAGAAUGACAAAUGUAUUGUUGGCUUAGCCUGCAUAAGAAUGCCCUUGUGUAACAGGUUGCUGAGCAAUCAGCACUAUGGCUUGUAGUAUAAAAUUGUGUUAAAAAGGGUCUUGAUUGCAUAGUAGUAUUUAUCUCAAUCUCUGUUUUUUUCCAGGGAAUGAAAUACCUAGAAGAGGUACGACUAGUGCACAGAGAUCUGGCAGCGCGAAAUGUGUUGGUGAAGAACCCAACCCAUGUGAAGAUCACGGAUUUUGGCCUAGCUCGGUUGCUAGAUGUGGAUGAAACUGAAUACCAUGCGGAUGGGGGGAAAGUAAGAGAACUCCAUACUUUGCGUUUGGCUAACACUAUGCACCCAAAAUCAUUGCUUUUGUACAGAUACCAGCGAUAUUUAUUAUGUAGGAGAGGUAAUCACAUGUCAUUUAUCCAAUCCUACAUAGUCAUUUUAUCUACCAUUAUAACCCAAGCCUGGACGACCCAUGUCAAUCCCAAAAUGGAAGAUUAUGGUCUUAAAGUUACACUUUUCUGCCUUUUUUCCAUUUAUAUCUUGAAGGGGAUGGCAUUAUGUGGUAUGCAAGGCAUAAGGCUGACGGAGGUUGAGGGCCAUUGGCUAUUUAUUGGGCUAGUACUGCAGUUGGGACAUUACCUACGAGAAAAUGGUAAUCUUUGUUGAUUGUUGUACCUUAGUUUUAUAAAAGGAAAUUAAAAUAAAAGUAGAUGUUAAACCUGUCCUUCACGCAUGCUAUAGAAAACCAAUACCCUAAGGUGAAGGUGAUGAUGAAAUACUUUUUUACUAGAGAGUGGUAAUAAGUUAGUUAUGAUUACUAGUUAUUAGGAAUCUUUUGAAAUUGGUAUUUUGGGAAACAGAAGUCUAGUUUGCAAUUCUAUGUUCCAGCUGCCUAACCCAGUUCUCACUGACAGGUUCCAAUUAAAUGGAUGGCUUUAGAGUCUAUUCUCCAUCGAAGGUUCACUCAUCAGAGCGAUGUAUGGAGCUAUGGUAAGUAGAUACAUGCAAUAUCAAGCGGUUUUUAAACCCUUUCAAAAUAUUUUUUCACUCUAUUAUAACACUUCCCCACCUCUGCUGUUAAACCACCAGGUGUAACAGUUUGGGAGCUCAUGACCUUUGGCGCAAAACCUUAUGAUGGCAUCCCAGCCCGAGACAUUCCAGACCUUCUUGAAAAAGGGGAAAGGCUCCCUCAGCCACCAGUCUGUACUAUAGAUGUCUAUAUGAUUAUGGUGAAAUGUAAGUAGGCUGAAGAUAACGUUGAAAGAGAUUUUGGGGAAAAUAAUUUCUUAACGUUUUUACAUUUUGUAGAUCUAUAUCUUUUUUUGGGGUGGGGGGGAGGAGUAAGUAACAAUUUCCUCUCCCUGUCACUGUUAGUCUUUCCUUAUUAAUCUGAUUUUCAGCAUCCCUAACUUUAACCAUACGUAAAUGAUUCUCUGCACCUCAUCAUCACUCACAAUUAUUAAUCACAGUUUUAUUUAAUUACUUUUCCUUUCUUAGGCUGGAUGAUUGAUUCAGAGUGCCGACCCAAGUUUCAUGAGUUGGUCAGUGAAUUCUCCCGCAUGGCUCGUGAUCCGUCACGUUUUGUGGUCAUAGAGGUAUUGAACAAAAAAAUAAAGAACCCGAAUGAUAAAUUAUAAAUAUAUUAUACAUGUAAUUUUUCUCUUAGUUGCUAUCUGAUAAUCUUCAUUAUGCAUGCAGUCUCUCAUUUUAACAUUUGAAUUACUUGUCUUCUGUAGGACGAGGAACUUAUGGCUCAAGCAAGCCCAAUGACCAGUCAGUUUUACAGUGCUCUCUUGCAAGAAGUUGGUAUGGAUGACCUGGUGGAUGCAGAGGAAUAUCUGGUACCCCACCAAGGAUUUUUUGGAUCUGGGGAGACAACAGCAGGAACCCGGAGCCGUAUAUCAUCCACAAGGGUAUGAAAGCAACUUUACCAGCUUUUACUUGAUCACAGAAUUAUUUAGAAAUAUAUUAUCAAAGUAAACAUUUAACCACCUACCUUAUUAUUACCUGGUACAAAUAUGUAGGUUUGUUUCAUCACAAUUUGAGAAAAUAUAGAUACACACACACAUAAUAUUUUGGAGUUGGAAUUCAGGGGUGUGUUGGUAUGUAAUGUUUGUGUUUACAUGUUGAAUUUGAUCGCUGGUAUGUAUGCACAUACAUACUUACAAAGAUAUUCAUACACAUUAACACACAGAUACACACAUAGAAACACACUGAUACACACAUGCAUACACCUAGAUACGUACUGACACCCAGAUACACACACCACACACACUUUAAAAUGUCAAGUCUUAUAUUGCUAGUCAGGUCUCAAAAGUUACUCACCAUUUCUACUCACCAAAAUUAAACUUUCGCUCACCAGUGGCUAGUGACGAAUGCAAAUGUUUAGCCCUGUUAAUAUAUAUAUGGCUAUACUUUCACCACUAGCUAUAUAUAUUUAGAAAAAUAAGAGGAAAACCACAUUUCAGGUUUUUAGUUCUGCAAGGUGUGUACACAGAACCACUUUCGAGAUGCUAAAUAUUGACUCCAAGUAUAAAAUAGUUUAAGGUUCAUAUUUACAUGACAAAUUGGUUGAAAGAGACAUUUAAAUGUUUGACCUUGCACACUUUCCUGGACAACAGUCAUGCAGGUUCCCAACCUAGGUUAAAACAUUACUGUUCACAAACUAUUUAAUUACAUUUUGAUUUGUUUUUUAACUUACAUCAUCAUUAAUGAAAAGUAAUUUAGUUUCAAAAGCCCCAGUGUUUCAAUGUAAAUUAAAACCAUUUUAUUAGAAGAAAAUGCAGGUCACUUAUCUUGCACAGUGUAUUUUCAAACAAGGCCCCAGAUGGACCUGCAUGGGCGUCCGCAGGAAUUUUUCCGGGGGGGGGGGCAUAAUUGUAAUGACAUCUAUGCUUGGCCUCUUUUUGACAGUGUCAUAAAGUGGUGGAGUAUAGUCAUUAUCACAUAAAGCCAGGGUGAAUAGCGUUUUCACAACUAUGGUGUCAGGAAUACAAACAUGUAUAGUGUUCCUUUAAGCAAAUUAAAGGAACAUUCUGGUAACCAUAACAACUUCAUCUAAAUGAAAAUGCCAUGAUGCCAGGAAGCCCCUGGGUGCUCUCUUUCCUUUAAGAGGUUAAACCGCUCUCAGAUAGUUUAACCCCAAAGGCUUCCUCCAGCUCCAGGUCGCUCAGUGGUAUUCGGUAUCUGAAACGGAGUGUCAGGAAGUGCAGAUUGAUGUCAGGCAUGGGUGCCGCUGAUUGGCUAGAGUUGACAGUUGACGAUCUAAGCCAAUCGCUAGUUCCCGGUUCAUAAAAGUUUUUUACUUUUUUUAUGACUGGGGAGCUACUGAUUGGCUUAGAGUGCCAGCUGACCGCUCUAGCCAAUCAGCAACACCCCUACCCAGCGGCACUCUGUGCAUCCUGACACUCAGUAAAUAAAAGUGAACACAUUAACACUGAUAUUUUUUUUUACCUGGGGAGAUGAGAAGGUCCAGAGUUUCCCUGCCAGGCCCAGGUACCAAAGCCUUAUGAUGUGGUGUCCAGAAUAAAGUGGAGGGUUCACUUCAUUUGUCCUUCCUGCUCCAAUCUCAUUUUCUUCUCCUUCAUUUGACAGUCUUCUUUUUCUUCUGACACUGCCUUCUAUAUUUGUCUCCUUCUGCUCCUUUCUGCUUAUUUUGCGCCCUUCUGCUCCUUUCUCAUUCUGAUUCCUUUCUGCUCCUUGCAGACCCUUUCUGCUCCUUCUCCUACUUUAGCUUUGUGCUCCUUGCUGUCCCUUUCUGCUCCUUCUUCUACUUUACCUUUGUGCUCCUUCUGAUUCUUUCUGCUCCUUUACCUUUGUGCUCCUUCUGUCCCUUUCUGCUCCUUGCAGACCCUUCCUGCCCCUUGCUGCACCUGCUCCUUGCAGACCCUUCCUGCUCCUUGCUGCCCCUGCUCCUUGCAGAUCCUUCCUGCUCCUUGCUGCCCCUGCUCCUUGCAGAGCCUUCCUGCUCCUUGCUGCCCCUGCUCCUUGCAGAGCCUUCCUGCUCCUUGCUGCCCCUGCUCCUUGCAGAUCCUUCCUGCUCCUUGCUGCCCCUGCUCCUUGCAGAGCCUUCCUGCCCCUUGCUGCACCUGCUCCUUGCAGACCCUUCCUGCUCCUUGCUGCCCCUGCUCCUUGCAGAUCCUUCCUGCUCCUUGCUGCCCCUGCUCCUUGCAGAGCCUUCCUGCUCCUUGCUGACUCUUCAUUUAGGCUGCCCCUCACCCCCCAUGCCUCACUUGCCUAAUCUAUAGGCUGCCCCCCCCAUGCCUCACUUGCCUAAUCUACAGGCUGCCCCCCAUGCCCUCACUUACCUGAUCUGUGGGCUGUCUCUGGCUGCAUGUGUUGCUCCCCUGCGGUUUCAAUCAGCAGAGAGAAGCAGGGAUAGAUGCAGCUUCCUAUCCCUGUCUCUCUCCAUGGCCGGCGCCGGUAUUGCAGUUCAUUUUAAAUCUCACACGAAAAAUAGCAGAACAAGCUGAAAAAUCCAGACGGGGGCAAGAUUUGGAAGAUCUUUGGUGUUAGAUUGCCGUAUACAUUGUGGUGUAGACCAUAUCACUGCAUUUUAAUAAAAUGAUCAAUUACUCUUUGCAGAUUGUGGUUUGAAUAUAAUAAGCACAAUGGAAAAUUCAAAAAUAUUAUAGAGCAUAUUCAUUAAGAAAUGAGUUGUGCUAUUUUAACUUUUUGGUUCUAAAGUCUCCACCACUUGUCCUUUAGUAAACAGACCCCUCGAAUUGCAAAAAACUGCUAAACAGUGUAAUUUAAUUUUCAAAUAUUCCCCCCCCCCCCAUAUUACAAUAAUCUGAUCAUGAAAACAUUAUGCUUCUCUAUACAAAAGCAUAGGUGCACUAAACGUCCACAGCUAAUCAGCUGAAUGUACGCCAUGCUAACAUUCCUUCUUCGCCAGAUAACUUAAAAUGUUACAUUCUUUGUUCUGCAGGGUCUAUGCAGCUUAUUUUGUAGUGGAAUAUCCUUCUCACUCCAAUAUAAAAAAAACCAAUUGAAAAAUCUGGAAUAAAGCACAAUACAGAACCUUUAUAUUCAUUGUACAGAGAUUAACAUCAAUAGGCAAAACUCCCGAAAGAAUGGUACUCAAAGAUGUAGUGUCUUCACCCUGACACUAGUACAAAGGCGCAUUUAAAAAAAAAAAUACAAUUCACAAAAGCAGCCCACGGAUCCCCAUCAAUCACUCUUUCGGUCCUGCUGAGGUUGUGUACACAAGGGGUAUGAGAUCCAAGGAGUCCUGGUGUUACAGUGAUCCGGCAGAAUAGAGAAAAAAAUAUAAAAUUUUGAUAACAGAAUGUUGCAAAAAUUGAAAGGUAUUAAUCUCAAAAUACUUGAGAGAUCCUGAAUCUCAACUCAGUUUGGCCAGAUUCCCCAAUGAUGGAAAUAAGCUUGUCUUUAAAGGGCUCCAAUACACGUUUUUUGCAUGCACCCAUGUUCAUGGUAAAAUUAAAUAUAGCCACUUGUGUUUUCAUUAAAGUUUUUUAUGUACUUAUUUUCACAUUUUUAACUAUACAAUCAUUCUAUUGCUAUCAUUGCUAGUGCCAACCUAGCAUCCUCCGGGGUAAAGAUGACCAUUUCCUGUAUUCUCCUUUUUUAUUUUCCAUAGAGUACCGCUGAGACACAGAUAAACCAGGCAUUGCUAGAAGUGGCAGCCAACACAGGACCCAUGUCGGCCCGCACCUUGUCACAAGGAUCAGGGGGUAGUAUUACCGAUGCGCUGAGUGAGGGGGAUUAUGUUUUUGAGCCGUCCCUCCCGAGAGAGAACAGCCUUCUACAACGAUAUAGCGAGGACCCCACAAACUUAGAAGAGGAUGAGGUAGAUGGAGGAGGACUGGAGACAGGUGGCUGUAUGUCUCCCGGACCCUUCAUACAAGCACCAGGUAAAGACGUACAUCAUCGUGAUUUUUACACAAAUGUCGCCUCUCUAGCUAGAAUGUGUGGAUCUGUCCUAUUGUUAAUUAUGUUAAUUUCUACAUCUGUAAAAAAAAAGUGUUUGCCACAAAAUAUAUAGAUCAAGGUGAUCUGUAGACAGUACCCCAGCUGCUAAAUUUAAUCUCUAAUAAUGCUUCACCAGCAGUUGAUAGCUGGACGUGCAUUACAAUUUAAACAGGAAAUCCAUACAUGAAAGGAACAUUAUAGUCACCUAAAUUGCUUUAGCUAAAUAAAGCAGUUUUAGUGUAUAGAUCAUCCCCCUGUAAUUUCACUGCUCAAAUCACUGUUAUUUAGGAGUUAAAUCACUUUGUUUCUGUUUAUGCAGCCCUAGCCACACCUCCCCUGGCUAUGAUUGACAGAGCCUGCAUGAAAAAAAAACUGGUUUCACUUUCAAACAUAUGUAAUUUACCUUAAAUAAUUGUUGUAUCUCAAUCUCUAAAUUGAACUUUAAUCACAUACAGGAGGCUCUUGCAGGGUCUAGCAAGCUAUGAACAUAGCAGGGGAUAAGAAAAUCUUAAUUAAACAGAACUUGCAAUAAAGAAAGCCUAAAUAGGGCUCUCUUUACAGGAAGUGUUUAUGGAAGGCUGUGCAAGUCACAUGCAGGGAGGUGUGACUAGGGUUCAUAAACAAAGGGAUCUAUACACCAAAACUGCUUCAUUAAGCUAAAGUUGUUUUGGUGACUAUAGUGUCCCUUGAACAUCUGCCUGCCUAAAAUAUAUAAAACUAGACACACAAAAAAAAAAAAAAAACUAAACAUUUCAUAUUGCAUAGAUUAUAAAAUGCUUAAUAAUGAGUUGGGUUUUUUUGCUCCUCGUUAAGGAUUUCCUAUUUAAGAAUCUACUGGCACACUGUCCUUGUGUGUUUCUCAUACGUAGCAGUCAUGAGAUGAUACCAAUUAUGUGAUUGUCCAUUUUGAAGCACGAAGGCAGAGCUGGUCACUAUGAUCAUGGCAAAUUCUAUACCAAGGGACCUGUGCUUGUUCUUACUUUGAUUCCUUAUGAAUAGUGAUGUCCCGAACUGUUCGCGAAUGGUUCGCCGCGAAUGGUUCGCCGCGGACUCAUCAUUGAGUAAACUUUGACCCUGUACCUCACAGUAAGCAGACACAUUCCAGCCAAUCAGCAGCAGACCCUCCCUCCCAGACCCUCCCACCUCCUGGACAGCUCACUAAGAAUGCAGCUUCACAAUGGAUGCUGUCCAGGAGGUGGGAGGGUCUGGGAGGGAGGGAGGGUCUGCUGCUGAUUGGCUGGAAUGUGUCUGCUGACUGUGUGGUACAGGGUCAAAGUUUACUCAAUGAUGAGUCCGCGGCGAACCGUUCGGCGAACAGUUCGGGACAUCACUACUUAUGAAUCAAAAAUAAAUUAGAACCCAAUGACUCUAGCCAGGCAGGUUAUCAUCCACCUUGGCGUUAUUCUUCCACAAUCAAGGUUCUGAAUAAAAAUGCUAUGGACAUUGAUUGACAGCGUAAAGGGACAAUAAACAGUCAGAAAUACAACAGUGUGUUUCUAAACCUAUAGUGUUAAAAAUACUGUUUAUCCCCACUGCCCCCCUUAAAUAGGUAGAAAACUCACUUUAUUUCCUUUUCUCUGAAAAGGCAGUGUUUACUGUACAAAAAGCACACAUGGACAGUCUAUAGACACCAGAAACAAACUACAUUAAGCUGUAGUGGUUCUGGUGACUAUAGUGUCCCUUUAAUGACACAACACUGGUUUAAAGGAUCUGGGACCUCUGGUUUUUAGAUAGCUCACUACCUAAUGUAGGCCCAUCCCAUGCCAGAUAAAUUCAGUUCUUAUGGUUCCACUUUUUUCAAAUAUCAUCUUAACCUACCAGUUUUUAAAUAAAAGGCAAUUCAUAUUAAAUUGCUAUGACUUACUUUUCGUUUGUUACUUUACUUUGUAACUGAAACUAAAAUGUUAUGUCUAUAUAGUGUGUUAUGUAACAAGAAUCAAAUCACAUUACACUGUGUAUGUUGAAACACCAAAUUGCCAUCUUAGACUAUAAAAGUUAUAUUGUUGGAUAAGCUUUUCAAGGUAUUUAAUAAUUUUGGAUCCAUUUAAAAAAAAAAAAAUAUCAAAAUAUUAAAAUUUUAAAAAUAUAUCAUAAAAAUAAAUAUUACAAAUAUUUUCAUAGUGUUAACUAGUUUUAAAAGUUUAUUUAAAACUCUCAAGUCAUUUGAAAAGAUUAUCCAACAAUAUUAAAUUGUGGCCUAAAUGUUAUCUUUUAUAUCUUUAAUGGUAAAUUAGUAUUAGAUCAUCUUAUUCUUCUCUGCACCAAAAGUUACUGGGUGUGCUUUAUUUUAACCCACAUUAUAAAUGUUUUCCACAUUAAGUAUUAUAAAACAAACCUUAAUGGAAGACCAUUUGGGAUUAUAUUUUUACAUGUUAUGUCUAUGCCAUUUAGAAAAUCCAGUUACGAACUUUGUAUUUUGGCCAAAUGUACACAAAUUUAAUGGGGCUUGGCCAUCCUAUUAUGACUAUCAAGUCAUAAUUUUGGAAUAUCUCCUAUACAAAUUAUAGAAAAUCUUACGGAUUUAAAAUUUGUUGUUUUUUAGAAUAUGUGAACCAAAGAGAUGCAGAGAGAAGCCGCUCACCAAUCAAGACACCUAGAACCUCGGUGUCCACCUUGGAACGACAGAAAGGUCAGCUUUACAGAAACGGUUUGAUCAGAGAACCAAGGAGCCCUGUAGCAUUGUCGGCUCUGGACAAUCCUGAUUACCUACCCCCUCCUGGGCUUCACCUACCAGACUGUUACCCUCAAGCUUUUGACAACCCUUAUUACUGGAAUCAUGAACUCAACACAGCAAGGGAUGAAGGACAGAUUCCAAAUGGACCCAAUGGGUUUACUACUCCAACUGCGGAGAAUCCAGAAUACUUGGGGCUAGAGGAGGCAACUAGCAGGCCUCGGGAUGUUACAGCUUAAAGGGGGUAAUGACAGUAUGCAGGUUAAAAAGAAGAUAUUGGCAGCUGUUCAGAUUAAGUCAUAAAUUAAGGCAAUAUGGUUUUCCACCUGUUGUGGACUCUACAAGCAUGGCUGCUGGUUAACUUCCUGGUUGAGACUAAAUGGCUCUUAUUGUUAAUACUUGGACUGGUACAAAGACUACCCAACUAAGGUUGGUUGUUGUGUAAUUAGACUCAUUGUGUGGUCAUCAUGAAUGAAAGCCUCAUGUAAUAAUCUGCUUUUAUUACAUAGCACCACUAUUGGAUUAAACAUGAUGGUCAAUGUGUAACCUCAUGUGGAUGGUACAAUCUCAUAAUGACUAUUUACUUAAAUCCUCAAUCUGGCCUCAUAUUUUGAGGCCAAACUGUGUAUAGCGAUGUGGGUAUUCUGUCUGCAAUUGUAGUUUCGGCAAUGACUCAUCUCACGAACCUGAAAACAGCAUCACACUAGUUAGGCAAUGAAAAACUAAAAGUGAAACUGUAGAUCUCUUUUUACAUGUACCCUGCUGGUGGGACAUUGCAGUUCACCAUCAGCUAGAGCAGGGGUAGGCAACAUUUGGCACUCCAGAUGUACUACAUCUCCCAUAAUGCAAUGCUUUUGCAGCCGUAAUGCUGGCACAGCAUCAGGGGAGAUGUAGUCCAAAACAUCUGGAUUCCUGAAGAUUGCCCACACCUGAGCUAGAGGCAGGAUUAUUCUCUAAUUCUGGUAAAUAAUCAUGAAAUUGCAAAAUAGACAAACUGGAAUAAUUCACCCAGUGGACUAUGUUCUAACCAUAGUUAUGUUAGCCUUAAAUGUGUAAUUAUUUGGCAAAUCACUGUUUAGUGAGUUGGAGAUUAUAUUUCCAAGGAAGCUAUUUUUUCUACAUUUUGCCAUUUAGUUUUCAAUUUUAAAAGUGUAUACACUCAUGUGUGUCUUUACAAUAUCCCACUAAUUCUUCAGAAGGUUAUUGAGAACAACCAAGACGUGGCCCUAGAAUGGAGGUCCUUGGCUACAUCUGUCACCAUUCUAGGUCAGAGAUGGGCAACCUUUGGCUCUCCAUAUGUUGUGGUCUAUAUCUCCCCUUAUGCUUUGCCAGCAUAAUGGCUGUAAGAGAGAUGGGAGAUGUAGUCCACAACAUCUGGAGUGCCGAAGGUUUCCUACCCCUGUUCUAGGUUUAUCACUUACUGGUUGGGAUAAGAGGAGUGGUAAUAUAACUAUAGCUGGGUGGUCAUCUUUAACCAUGUAAAAACGGUAUCAUCACAAUUCAACAUCAUAUUCAAAGUAUUGGCAACGACCAUUUUCCCAGUACCACAGUCAGAGGAGUUCAACAGAUAAAAAGAGAACCGAGUUUUAUCAUUGUUCAGUCAGUAGAAUGAUACUUCAAUGUUCUCAAAAACAGAAACUUGAUUGAACAAACAAAGACACAAGGGUUUCACAACCAUUUCCCCCAGGAUAUGCUCACUAUAAUAUAAAGUGUAAGACACUGCCUGUAGUAUAUGGACUAUUGGUUCCCAAUCCAGUCCUUAUGGCCCAGCAACUGUGCAGUACGUGUGUAUUUCCUAUUUUUAUUUCAAAGGAAAUACUGGCAAAACCUGGACUGUUUCUUGGCCGUAAGGGCUGGUUUGGGCACCACUCACAUAGACUAUGGGGAGAAAGGGGAGAAAUCAAGGCAAAAACAGAUGAUAAUUGGGGCAAAGUGCUACAUAAUGAGCAGUUGCCACAGAAACCAGCAGAAUGUUUCUAAACAUUUAGCACUUUGCACCCAGAGUAGCACCGGUUUGCCUUAAUAAAUCCCCGCUUUGUGUUGAGGAAACCCUCUGUCAAUUUCACACUUGAUCAAAAAUGUUUUCUCUGUUGCCUUUUAUUAUUGGUUGAACCACUACAAAGCCUGCCCCUGCUACAACUGUAUAGCCAUAACAUUUGUUAAAUGCAAAUGCAAUGCCAUUUUUUUCGCCAAAGGCACAUACUGAAUACAAUCAUGACAUUUUCCUGUAUCCCGUAUCUGUUUUUUUACACUGGUUUGUUAUCUGUUUCUCUGCAAUAAACAGUUACAUCAAACCAUGUAAAUGAACAAACAAAUUAGAUUAAAGUGCACAUACGGCUAAAAAAAAUUGUUAAAUCGGUACCGUGCUUUCUGUGGGUCUGACAGUUUGCAUUGUAAGUUUCCUUUUUUUAUGACAUAUGUAUAUUUUUGGUUUUGUACUUAGAAUAUUUUGUGUGUUUUUAUAUUUUUUUUUUUUUCUUGCCCGGAAAACUUUAUUUUUUAUUGUAACUGCACUUUCUAAUCCAAAUAUCACAUUGGGUGGCUUUGAAAUGAUCGAAUUCUUUUUACUUUACUUUUAACGUCAUUAAAAACCUUUAAGAUAUAUGUAUAAUUUAUACGUGGCAUGGGAUUUCUUGUCAGGUUCAAAUUAUUAAGUCACUCUCAUAGAAUUCAUGUGAAUUACACAUUUUCUUCUAUUUAUCGUUUACUCCAAUCUUUGGGAAC